CGCAGGUUCCCACGCGCCGGCGAGGAGGCUGCCUCGCGCCUCCAGCCAGGACAGAGAGAGAGACCCCUAGCCCGCAGGAAGAGGAGGACACGAUCCGGUAAGGCUGCCUGGGAGAGAGAGGGAGAGAGAGGAGGGGAGCCGGACCUCGCCUGGGGCUGCCUGCGUUUGCUUCAGCUGGAAACCCCCCACCCUCUUUGGAGAAGGGUGCGCCAAAGACCUGGGGUUGGGGAAGGUUGGUUGGGUGGGUGCCUUUCCAGAGACGCCCCUUGGGGCUUCCCGGAGGUGCCUUCCGUGGUUCCAAGUCGCUUACAAACUGAGCGUUACGUCUCCAUAAUUAUAAUUGAUUGACUGAUCUUUUUAUGAGGCACCUAACUGCAGAAAAGCCUCUUAGACAAAAAUCAAGAGCCCAAAACGGCAUUAUUCUCGUUGCUUUGUUAAGAGAGAGACUUGGUGUCAGGACAGCUGCUGGGCUUGCAGAAGGCCCCGGGUUCAGUGCUGGAGAUCUCCAGUUCUAAGAGGGUCAAGGGAUGGGAGAUAGCUCUGUCUCUUUGCCUGAGACCCUGAAGAGAGUAGAUUGGCACCCCCAAGCUGGUCAAGGAUUCGAGCUUCCUCUUAUUGGUGGAGCACCUGCUCUGACUGCAGAACGUCUCAGGUUCAAGGUCUGGCAUCGACUACGGCUUCAGGGAUCAGGCAGUAAGUAAUGGGGGAAGACCACCCAUCCGCCAUGCUCCAGGUUGAGACCAUGGACAGCUGCAAGUGGUCUAGAAGGCAGCUCCUUACAUUCUGCGACCACCACAGCCGCUCCUGCCAUUUUUGGAUUCAAUAGGCAAAUGGGCUUCUCAUAUCCCAGUCUUGGUUGAACAUCUGUCCAGCAUCUCCCCUGAAAAGGGGAGCCACGCUGGUGGGAACUGCCUCUCUCAGAGACCCCCAAAGCCCUCCAGAGUGAACCCUGCUAGACAAAACAGACCAAUAGCCUGCUGACCUGGUUCGUCAUAGGUUUUGGAUAGUCUUUCUGGUUUUUCGUGGGGUUUUUUUUGCACAGAAAUUUGAUGCCACCGUUGCCAAAUGAAUUUAACAGCUUUAAAGCUGUAUUGAAGUGCCAAGCUAUGUGAUGUCAGAAAAUCUGAUCGCAAAGCCCCUAUGUCUUUUUCUCUACUUGAAGGGAGAGGAGGGGAGCUGUAGGGACCAGGGGGUUAACCCUUUCCCCUCCUGACUACUAUUAACUCUGGGUUUGGUUUGGUUUCAAGGCAGGUGUUGUUGUUUUUGUUUAGACGUUUAGUCGUGUCCGACUCUUCGUGGCCCCCUGGACCAGAGCACUCCAGGCACUCCUGUCUUCCACUGCCUCCUGCAGUUUGGUCAAACUCCUGCUGGUAGCUUCGAGAACACUGUCCCACCAUCUUGUCCUCUGUCGUCCCCUUCUCCUUGUGCCCUCCAUCUUUCCCAACAUCAGGGUGUUUUCCAGGGAGUCUUCUCUUCUCAUGAGGUGGCCAGAGUCUUGGAGCCUCAGCUUCAGGAUCUGUCCUUCCAGUGAGCACUCAGGGCGUACCUGUUUCUUCAUUGCAGCUGGAAGGAAGGGCCAGUCCUCAUGCAACCCACACUGCUGCUUUCAAUCGAAGAAAAGGACCUUGAGGGAUCUAUCUGUUCUCAUAUAUAGAUAGCAAGCCUCUCUGAGCCUUUGGCUCAACAGCCAUCUCAAAUCAAUACGUAGUCCAUGGAAUGCCAAGGGAAGGCACCUUUGAGUUAACUUAAUUGAGUUAAACUGUGGAACUCACUGCCACAGGAGGCAAUGGUGGCCACCAACCUUGAUGCCUGGGUUAUACAAAUACAUGGAGGAGAGGGCCGUUGAUGGCUCAAAGCCAUAAGGGCUGUCCUUUGCCACCGCAUGGAAGCAGCAAUGCUUAUCGGUUUCUGGGAAAUGCAGGUGGGAAGAGUUGCUCUCAUGCUCAAAUCCUGCUUGUGGGUUUCCCUGGUCGGCCACCGUGAGAAGAGGAUGCUGGACUAGAUGGGCCAUUUAGCACUCCUUAUGCUCUUCCGUGGAGUUUUCUUGGCAGGGAUACUGGAGCGGCUUGCCGGUCCGUCUAGUUAAAGCUGUGGUUUUCCCAGUAGUGAUGUAUGGAAGUGAGAGCUGGACCACAAAGAAGGCUGAUCGCCGAAGAAUGGAUGCUUUUGAAUUAUGGUGCUGGAGGAGACUCUUGAGAGUCCCAUGGACUGCAAGAAGAUCAAACCUCUCCAUUCUGAAGGAAAUCAGCCCUGAGUGCUCACUGGAAGGACAGAUCCUGAAGCUGAGGCUCCAAUACUAUGGCCACCUCAUGAGAAGAGAAGACUCCCUGGAAAAGACCCUGAUGUUGGGAAAGAUGGAGGGCACAAGGAGAAGGGGACGACAGAGGACGAGAUGGUGGGACAGUGUUCUCGAAGCGACCAGCAUGAGUUUGACCAAACUGCGGGAGGCAGUGGAAGACAGGAGUGCCUGGCGUGCUCUGGUCCAUGGGGCCACGAAGAGUCGGACACGACUAAACGACUAAACGACAACAAUGCUCUUCCGAGCUGUUAGUUUAGCAAAAGCGCUCUCUUCUCCAAACACCAUUCGAAAUAGCAGCUGAGUGGAAUCAGAGUGCUGGGCUAUCUAAGGAUCGGUAUAUAUGCCUUGUGUUCCUUUGUCUGGUAGUGGAUAUCAUAACAGCCUGGGAGGCAGGGAUGGAGGCCAACAUAUUUUCGAGACGGGGGCAAAUUUAUGGAGCCCAGCAACCUCUGAAGAGAGAAGAAUUACAGUGUGUGGAUGCCUGUUACUUAGCACCCACAGAGGCAUAACACAAUCUAUAUAAAUUUGGAAGCGCUGGCAUUUUGGACAUUUAGAAGACCCCCCCCAAUAGUCAAGAUCCCUCAUAAUCUGCUUAGUAAAACUUUUAGAGAACAUGACUGUUUUUCUAGAACUCACCCUGAACACCUUCCUCGUUCUCUUAGAAUUGAAAUGAUGCCCACAGAGUUAUGGGGGGGGGGAGCCCUGGAAAUAGAUGAUAGAUAGAUAGAUAGAUAGAUAGAUAGAGGUGAAGGGACCCCUGACCAUUAGGUCCAGUCGUGGCCGUCUCUGGGGUUGCAGCGCUCAUCUCGCUUUACUGGCCGAGGGAGCCGGUGUACAGCUUUCGGGUCAUGCGGCCAGCAGGACUAAGACGCUUCUGGAGAACAGUGCAUGGAAACACUGUUUACCUUCCCGCCGGCACGGUACCUAUUUAUCUACUUGCACUUUGACGUGCUUUCGAACUGCUAGGUUGGCAGGAGCUGGGAAUGAACAAUGAAACCUCACCCCGUCGCGGGGAUACAAACCACCCGCCUUCUGAUUGGCAAGUCCUAGGCUCUGUGGUUUAACCCACAGCGCCACCCGCGUCCCUCAGAUAGAUAGAAAGAAAGAAAGAAAGAAAGAAAGAAAGAAAGAAAGAAAGAAAGAAAUUAAAAGUAUCUCAGUGCUUUGGUAGUAUUGCUUAGUUCAGGAAAGCAAGAAAAUGGGAAUGGAAGCUUGGGAAAUUAUGCUAGCAUGUCUUGAAAGUGGGUCGAUCUUCAGACUGGAACUUUGAGUUCACCCACUGAAAGGGAUUUGCAAUGGAUUUGGGAAACACCAAGGUUUUUAGACAGUGUGUUUUUUAGUUUAUGCAAUUCUCAUAAAUUGGACGCUGCCUCUGAUAACCUGAAAAUAGGACUAGUCGUUGAGAUACAAAAAAAGCCCAUCACUAUUCUCUAAAUGCAUCCUCUGUCUCAAUACAGCAUUUUAUGAUCUGUAAAAGAAUACGAACAACAUUAGCAAAACAGCAACCCAAAAAACAAACUGUUCAGUUUAUACACACAGUCUCCCAUAGGUGCUAACUCCCCGUGGCCCUGGGUGCCCGAGCACCCACAAAAUUCCCCAUGAAUGGGCCGGGCACCCAGAAAUGUUGGUGCCAGGGCCAUGUACACUGGAUGGCACCCAAGGCCCCUGGGCACCAAUGAUCAUGGAGCCAAGUUGGCAUUCCUGCAUUCUUCACAGCCCCGUGACUCAUAAUCUUUCACUCUGUUCGGAUCAUUAAAACACACGUACACAUAUGUGUCUGUGGUUUUAUGCAUGCUUUACCCGUGGGUGUGUGGGUGUGUGUUUGAAUGAAUUCUUGCACUUGGCUGUUGCAAAAUUCGGGGAAGCGCAAUUUUGGAAGGAGGGUUACGUUGUGGUUUGCGUCUUAUUCUGGAAAGUGCAAUUUCGUGUGAACUGAAUGAAAUUUCCUCCGCGUAUCCUUCCUUCUCCGGUUGCCCUCCCCCUGGGCUGACCUUGGGGAGCUCAGUCAGUCGAUCAUGAGACUCUCAAAUGGAUGGAAAGCCACAAGACUCUUAAUCUCAGGGUUGUGGGUUUGAGCCCCAUGUUGGGUGAAUGAUUUCUGCAUGGCAGGGGGUUGAGAUAGAUGAUUGUCGUGGUCCCUUCCAACUCUACAAUUCUAUGAUUCCUCUCUCUCUCUCUCUCUCUCUCCCUCCCUCCCUCGCAUUCCUGCUUUCCCUGCCUCUUCUGCAUCUCCUCCUACUCCUCCUUUCAACUCCCUUCUCAAGCAAAGCUUUAUUUUGCACUUCCAUUAGCAUUCCUCUGGCUGCUUCUCCAUCUCAGAAAGGACUUUCUCUUUUCUCUUUCGAGCAAUCCUUGACCAGCGCAAUAUUGAUGUGAAAUUGAUGCAUUAGUACAGGGAUCGGCAACCUAAGGCCCAUGGGGGUCAUUUAACCGGCCCAUAAUAAUAAUAAUAAUUUAUUAUUUAUACCCCGCCCAUCUGGCUUGGUUUCCCCAGCCACUCUGGGUGGCUUCCAACAAAGUAUUAAAAUACAGUAGUCUGUUAAACAUUAAAAGCUUCCCUAAACAGGGCUGCCUUCAGAUGUCUUCUAAAAGUCUGGUAGUUGGUCUUCUCUUUGACAUCUGGUGGGAGGGCGUUCCACAGGGCGGGUGCCACUACUGAGAAGACCCUCUGCCUGGUUCCCUGUAACUUGGCAUUAGGCCCAGUCGUGGCCGACUCUGGGGUUGCGGCGCUCAUCUCGCUUUACUGGUUGAGGGAGCCGGCGUACAGCUUCCAGGUCAUGUGGCCAGCAUGACUAAGCCGCUUCUGGCGAACCAGAGCAGCACACAGAAACGCUGUUUACCUUCCCACUGGAGUGGUACCUAUUUACCUACUUGCACUUUGAGGGGCUUUUGAACUGCUAGGUUGGCAGGAGCUGGGACAGAGCAACGGGAGCUCACCCCGUCGCAGGGAUUCAAACCGCCAACCUUCUGAUCGGCAAGUCCUAGGCUCUGUGGUUUAACCCACAGCGCCACCCGCGUCCCUUAUAAGGGAACUUACCAGGAAUGUAAUAUUGAGAGGCUUAAACAAGCCUGCAACCACCAAUCUGGUGUGCGUUUAAAAGGGGAAUGUGAAACUCUGCUAAGUUAUAGAAAUUGCAAGCGCAAGUUAUUAUUAUUAUUAAACAAUAUAUCCUCUCCUGCCUCUCUGAACAGGAAGCACAAAGGGGCUCCCCCCCCCCCAUGCAACCCUGUGCACCUUCCCAAAAGUUGCUUUGGGGUGGGGUCAGGAGACACACACCCCUCCAGGACAGUAGGCAGGGAUGGAAGGGGAGAUGGUUCUCUCCGGGAAGAAGAAAUGCUUUCAAGGGCGGAACUAUCUGCUUAGUGCUGCACUGAAUUCCACCCUGUAUUUAUUUACAUUCCUUGCCCUUCUUCCGAAAGUUGCUCAGGGCUAUCACCUUUGGUCAGUCACAGUCUCUCAGCCUAACCUGCCUCACAAGGUUGUUGUAAGGAUAAAGUAGAGACAGGGAGAAAGGGUGCCUGCCACUCUGAGCUCCUUGGAGGAAUGUUGGGAUAGAAACGUAAUAACAACUAAUAAAUAUGUUGUUGUUGUUGUUGUUUAGUCGUUUAGUCAUGUCCGACUCUUCGUGACCCCCUGGACCAGAGCACGCCAGGCACUCCUGUCUUCCACUGCCUCCCACAGUUUGGUCAAACUCAUGCUGGUAGCUUCGAGAACACUGUCCAACCAUCUCAUGCUCUGUCGUCCCCUUCUCCUUGUGCCCUCCAUCUUUCCUAACAUCAGUGUCUUUUCCAGGGAGUCUUCUCUGCUCAUGAGGUGGCCAAAAUAUUGGAGCCUCAGCUUCAGGAUCUGUCCUUCCAGUGAGCACUCAGGGCUGAUUUCCUUCAGAAUGGAUCAGUUUGAUCUUCUUGCAGUCCAUUGGACUCUCAAGAGUCUCCUCCAGCACCAUAAUUCAAAAGCAUCAAUUUUUCAGCGAUCAGCCUCCUUUAUGGUCCAGCUCUCACUUCCAUACAUCACUACUGGGAAAACCAUAGCUUUUGACUAUACGGACCUUUGUUGGCAAGGUGAUGUCUCUGCUUUUAAGAUGCUGUCUAGGUUUGUCAUUGCUAAUAAAUAUACACAUCGAUAAUUAAACAAAACUAUGAAAACUAAAAAAAAACAAUUAAAACAUCUAAAAAAUAUUAUUAUUAGUAAUAAUAAAAAUUAUUUGCAGCUGUCAUGUAAGAUUGGGCUUUCAACAGCUUCCAAUACGUGGAUAAAAAUUAAAAGGUUUGCCAAUAAACAUCAGCACAUAUGAAUAAUUCAGUUCCAGCAAUUCGGUGAAUAGGUACGAUUUGAAUGAUUUAGCAGCUCGUUAAGUUUUAAUUGUACAACAGAUUGACACCAGUAUUGUCAAAUAUUAACAAAUAAGUUCUCCAAGGUAUAAAUUGAUCUGCAAGGAUCUAGAGGGCUGCAUAAAUAACAGCAAAAUGCAUGACACUAAUACGAAAUUAUAAGCUAUUCUUCCUCUUUUCUGCCUAAAUUCCCUGUGUGGUAAAAACCACCCAUACCCACCUGUUCCCUGCCUGGUGGUAGCAACUGAGUCGAUGACUUUAAAGUGAUUGUGUCCACUAAUUGUUAGUGGGACCAAGGGGGAAGAAAUGUUGAAAAGGAUCGUUCGGCAGAAUGUGUGCAAAUACUUAAAAGUACAGGUAUCUGGUGGGUUCAGAUUCCUAAGCUGUGCUGGGAAGAGCUUUGUUUACGCAAUUGUGUGUUAACCCUCAUUGAUCGGUGCAGAGACGCAAAGCCAUUCCCCUCCUUUUCAUAAGAUCUGUCUAAUGGUUUCUUUGCUGCUGCUAUUUGGGUGUAGCCCAGAGCUGGAAAUAGCCAAGAUGGAAAAAGGAAAGAAGGUUUAGAAGCCUAUUACUUUUCGAAGAAAUCAACUGGGGCCUGGAGGGGCUAAUUGGUAGAUGUUUUCAAUUAAGUCUAUUCAUCAUAAAUACCGCUCGUUGUGGGGCGAACAAACAAACAAGGGUGGGUCCUUUGCUUGCACGUCCCAUUUGUGGCUUCCCAGAAGCUUCUGUUACAAACGGGAUGCUCAGCUCGGCAGACCUGUUAAUGUCUUCGAGAGGAUUCCCUGAUUCUUGUCUAAAGCCGUCCUCUCUUAAAAGCCGUUCGAUGUGGGCGGCGUGUCUUUCAAAGCUAUGUGCAGGUUCUUGCAGAUUUACGAACUGUGAUAUCUCGGUCAGGAGCGAGCAGCAAUAAAUCACACCAAUGAGUUGGAGUUAACUCUUUGUUCGCAAAACAGGAUCUGCACAGGGGUCAGGGUUUGGCUCAGAAGCAGGCCAGUGCAAAGAAACAGAGUCAGUUGUCAGUGAAGCAGACCCUCCAACAUUUCUCUGAUGAAAAUAAGGAUUUCCUUAAUAACAACAACAACAACAACAACAACAACAACCUGCCCAUCUGACUGGGUUGUCCCAGCCACUCUGGGCGGCUUCCAACAUAAAUAAAAACAUCAUAAAACUUAAAACAUUAAAAACCUUCCCUAUCCAGGGCUGCCUUCAGAUGUCUUCUAAAAGUUGUAUAGUUACUUAUCUCCUUGGUUCUCGGGGUUGCAUAGCUCCAUACCCUCCAACAUUUCUCCGAUGAAAAGAAGGACAUCUUAAAGAAAAGCGGAACAUUCCAGGAUCAAAUCAGAAACUGGGAUAGCUUCUGUAAAUUUGGGACACUUGGAGGGUCUGAUAAAGUUAUUCUUUAUUCGAGGCAAUGCCUUGAAUACAACUCCGCAACCCUUCCCCAGUAGGUCUUGCCCAGGCACCCCCAAACCCGGACCUCCAGAUGUUUUUGGGACUACAACUCCCAUCAUCCCUAGCUGGCAGGACCGGUGGUCAGGGAUGAUGGGAAUUGUAGUCCCGAAAUAUCUGGAGGGCCGAGUUUGGGUGUGCCUGGUCUUGCCACUCUAGAGCAGUUGCCAGAAAUGAAGGUGCCUUCCUUCCACCCUUUCCUCCACUGCCAGAUGUUUCCCAAGCACACCUUUGGCAUCUGUUCUGCUCUCCUCAUUAUUCUGCACAUUCUUGGAGACCAGGGGGGAUGGGAGCUUGUCACAGCAGGAGAGGGAGACUCCAGGGAUUCUUUGAUGGUCUCUUAACCCCCCCCCCCUCUGCUUCAGCCUCAGCAUCUGAACUGCUCCCUGUCACAGCUUCCUCCUGCUCACGAAAUCCUGUUGCCCCUUCAGCCCCUAUCACCUCCUUCCAAUCUUCUCCCUCUGACCUGCUGUUGUCCAGCCAGUCCCUUACAACAGGCCUAUAAUGAUUUAUUAUAAUAAUUUGUUACUUAUACCCCACGCAUCUGGCUGGGUUUCUUGGCGGCUCCCAACAGAAUAUUAUUAAUAAUAAAGCAGCAAUAAAACAUCAAACAUUAAAAACUUCCCUAAACAGAGCUGCCUUCAGAUGUCUUCUAAAAGUCAGAUCAUUGUUUAUUUCCUUGACAUCCGAUGGGAGAGCAUUCCACAGGAUGGGCGCCACUACCGAGAAGGCCCUCUGCCUGGUUCCCUGUAACUUGGCUUCUUGCAGUGAGGGAACUGCCAGAAGGCCCUCGGCGCUGGACCUCAGUGUCUGGGCAGAACGAUGGAGGUGGAGACGCUCCUUCAGGUAUACUGGGCUGAGGCCAUUUAGGGCUUUAAAGGUCAGCACCAACACUUUGAAUUGUGCUCGGAAACCUACUGGGAGCCAAUGUAGGUCUUAUAUGGUCCAGUGUUAUAUGGUUGCAGCUGCCACUCCCAGUCACCAGUCUAGCUGCCACAUUCUGGAAUAGUUGCAGUUUCUGGGUCACUUUCAAAGGCAGCCCCAUGUAAUAGCUGGCAAGUGUCCCUUAUUUGAAGGGACAGUCCCUUAUUCCAGCGCCAUGUCCCGCUGCUGUCCCUUAUUGAUGGAUGUCCCUUAAAUGUCCCUUAAAUUUCAAAGGAAGCAGCUCCUCUCCCUCCCUCCCUGCCAGCCAGGGAGGAGGGAGGCUCCAACUGUGUUGCUUGGCUGUGUUGCUCAUCCAAUAAGAAGUCUAAGAACGACUGGGGCAUGGAGCUUGCAUGCCUUGUGUGUGGCUAGUUAAUGCAAGCUGAGGGUAUUUUUGAAUGCUGGACGCCAUUUUGUUGCACAUGCUGCUGCAAACUUUGCAGUGCAAAGCCAGGCCGGGGAGCCAUCUUAAGCUGAGGCUGCAUAGGCCUUGUGGUGCAUGUGAUUCAGAUUCUGUUCAGUUGAACCUCUGGUUAGAAAGUUGGUUGGACAGUGUUCUCGAAGCUACCAGCAUGAGUUUGACCAGACUGCAGGAGGACAGGAAGACUGGAGUGCCUGGAACAGGUGAGGCUGCAGGUCCCUUAUUUUGGCUGCUGGUCCCUUAUUUUCAAGGCUGCUGGUCCCUUAUUUUCAAAUCUGUAAGUUGACAGCUAUGCCCCAUGUAGAGCGCAUUGCAGUAGUCCAAGCGGGAGAUAACCAGAGCAUGUACUACUCUGGCGAGACAGUUUGUGGGCAGGAAAGGUCUCAGCCGGUGUACCAGAUGGAACUGGUAAACAGCUGCCCUGGACACAGAAUGAGCACAGCAGCUCAUCUCCGACAGGUCUUUCCCCCAUGAAGCAGUUGUGGUGACUAAAUAUCCCUGCCUCCCCACAACUGGCCAUGUCUCCUUCUCUCCAGGGUGAUUUCCAACCAAUCAGAGACAGAGACUGUGCCUGCAUUCCUCCCUUUGCUCCUCUCACUUCAUGCCUCCGCCAUGGACCACUUGAAAACUGCUGGAGGUCUGGGUGGACCACUUAAUGAUUUUUCUUCCUGCAAGAAGCUGGAACGUGUGCAGAGGAGGGUGACCAAGAUGCUCAAGGGUCUGUUAACCAAGCCUUAUAAGGAACAGUGGAGGGAGUUGGGGAUGUUUAUCCUGGAGAACAGGAGGUAUGAUAGCCAUCUUCAAAAAUCUGAUGGGCUGCCCUGUGGAAGAUAGAGCAAGCUUGUUUUCUGCUGCUCAAACCAAUGGAUUCAAGUUAGUAAGAAGGAGAUUCCGACUCAAAAUCAGGAAGAACUUAAAAUAACAGAAAUUAAAUGUGCCUUUGGCUUGUUUGUAAUGUUUAGAAAGAUGAGCAAAAUGGAUUUUUUACUUCUGUUGUCUAGUCAUCUAGUACAACCUCCUGCAAUGCAGGAAUCUCAGCUGAAGCAUCCACUUUCAAAUACAGUGGUACCUUGGUUCUCAAACGCCUUGGUACUCAAACAACUUGGAACCCAAACACUGCAAACCUGGAAGUAAUUGUUCCGGUUUGCGAACUUUUUUCGGAACCCAAACGUGCUCCGUUUUGAGUGUUAUGCUUCCAAUCUGAGUGCCGCACUCCUGUAUUGAGUUUUACGCUGCGGUCUGUAUGUUUUUGCUAUUUAUUUUGUGUUUUUGUUUUCGCGGCUCUUUUUGUUUUGUUUUUGUGACUGUGUGGAACCCAGUUCAGCUACUAAUUGAUUGAUUGACGGCAGUUCAUUGUUUAUUGCUUUCAUUUUAUGGUUCAGUGGUCCCGUUCGAUGGUAAAAUUCAUGUUAAACUGCUGUUUUAGGGGUUGUUUUUAAAAGUCUGGAUUUUUCAUUUUGCAUUACUUUCUGUGGGAACGCUCGUCUUGGUUUUGGAACGCUUUGGGUUUAGAACGGACUUCUAGAACGGAUUAAGUUUGAGAACCAAGGAACCACUGUAGCUCUUACUGUCAGAAAUUUCUUCCUGAUGAAACCCUUAAAAACUGGCUGGCCAGUGGGUGGGGGUGACUCCAGUGGGCUGCCCCUCCCUGGGGAACACUCCACCACUGACUGUGAGAACGGGGCUGGACAAAGUGGAAACUGCUCUCCUCAGGCAGGUUUGCCUUAUGUUCUUAUGUUCUUAAGGAGUUUGGAGAACAGGGCUUUAGGCAGAAAGGAAAUCCUGCUGUGUGUUCUGUUUCCCAGAAAGAAUGUUGAGAAUUAAAAGGCAGUUGGAAGUCAGCAAGUAAUUAAAAUUCUUCCGGGGGUGAAAGUUAUGGGUAAUAAAGAGGCUCUUUAAGUCCAGCGGAGCAGACAGGCCCAGUGUCAACCGUUGGCGCGUGAAAGUCGAACCCUGGCAAAUUUUACAUGGGCAGCAAGGGACGGACAGGAGGGGCGUCAAUCAACCCUUGGAGUGCUUGCUACCUCUGUGCUGCAGGUGUCGGUUCAGCUAUCCACAUGGCAUUCCCCGGAAAAGUGCAAUCAUCGGAGCGCAAAGUAACGAGGCUCUGAUGUCGCUCCUUCAAGCUUUAAUUGAUUAAAUUGCUGCAAUUAAUCAACUGGGGUUUGAUUGCAAGUUCAGGUCUGAUUAAUGACUUGGCUGAUGAGAAGCAAAGACUCGGGGGGAGUGUUUCCUAAAUUUCCAGUACCUAAGGCACAGAGAUGCCCCCCCUCGAAUUAAAAGUGGGAGGGUACUUUUGAGCCAUUUGGGGCCAUCAUUGUUGUUGUUGUUUAGUCGUUUAGUCGUGUCCGACUCUUCGUGACUCCCUGGACCAGAGCACGCCAGGCACUCCUGUCUUCCACUGCCUCCCGCACUUUGGUCAUACUCAUGCUGGGAGCUUCGAGAACAUUGUCCAACCAUCUCAUCCUCUGUCAUCCCCUUCUCCUUGUGCCCUCCAUCUUUCCCAGCAUCAGGGUCUUUUCCAGGGAGUCUUCUCUUCUCAUGAGGUGGCCAAAGUCUUGGAGCCUCAGCUUCAGGAUCUGUCCUUCCAGUGAGCACUCAGGGCUGAUUUCCGUCAGAAUGGAUAGGUUUGAUCUUCUUGCAGUCCAUGGGACUCUCAAGAGUCUCCUCCAGCACCAGAAUUCAAAAGCAUCCAUUCUUCGGCGAUCAGCCUUCUUUAUGGUCCAGCUCUCACUUCCAUACAUCACUACUGGGAAAACCAUAGCUUUAACUAUUCGGACCUUUGUUGGCAACGUGAUGUCUCUGCUUUUUAAGAUGCUGUCUAGGUUUGUCAUUGCUUUUCUCCCAAGAAGCAGGCGUCUUUUAAUUUUGUGACUGCUGCCACCAUCUGCAGUGAUCAUGGAGCCCAAGAAAGUAAAAUCUCUCACUGCUUCCAUUUCUUCCCCUUCUAUUUGCCAGGUAGGUGAUGGGACCAGUGGCCAUGAUCUUCGUUUUUUUGAUGUCUGGAUACAUAAGAAUUUUAUUAUUUUAUUUAUUUAUUUAUUUAUUUAUUUAUUUAUUUAUUUAUACAUCCCCCGCCAAUCUGGCUGAGUUUCCCCAGCCACUCUGGGCGGCUCCCAAUCGAGUGUUAAAAACAAUACAGCAUUCAAUAUUAAAAACUUCCCUAAACAGGGCUGCCUGGCUGAAAUCCUACCGAAUGCAUGGCUGAAAUCCUACCGAAAUCUGAACGGAGAUAUCGAGGGGGAGAGGCAGGCCUGUGUGAAAGGUCGCUGGUGGUUUUCGAAAGAUAUACAGAAGGUCCUAAAUUUAAUUUCCAGUAGCAUCUCCAAGUAGAAAGAAUCCUAUCUGAAACCUCAGAGUCACUGCCAGUUGGGACAGAAGACUCGGCUAGUUGUACCAAUGCCAUCACCUUCCUAUGUCCCCAAAAUUGCUGCAGCUGGUCUUGUUUUGAGUGGGAGAACUGGGGAUAUUUCAAAAUCGCCCAUUCCGGUACAUGUUAGGCAAAAUUCACCUGGUGAGUUUCCAUGAGGAAUAUUUUUUUUUAAAAUGCAAACCUGAUGCGCAGAACUGAACUCAGAUUGGAAAGAUGCAAAUCGGGAGAGAUUUGCACUCCGCUGGUUGCUCUCCAAUCCCUCCCCAUCCUAGUCCUUCGCCCUCCUUACUCCCUUUGGGUCUGUCAAGGCUGCAGCGCCGACAGUGGAGGCCACAGCUGGCAGAGUUUCCCCUCUCGGGAUCUAGACUCCAGACAUAACAAACCGUUCCUUUUCAGCCACCCUGUCGAGUGGCCAAUCUCCCUCGCAUUCCUCCCUCUCUGGCAUCAUCUAGCACCUCCUGGCUUCAAGGUCUGUGGCGUUUUCUUCCGAGUGGUUCUCCCGCCAGCCCCUUGCUCUCUCGGUUCCUUCUCACCUCUGCCCUUCCUUGCCAUCCCUGGCCUCCACUGCAAAUGCUUCCAAAUGCGGUUUUUUGCCAUAAUGUACGCAAGCUUGCAAAGCAGUUUCUGUGGGAAUGUUCUGAGUGGCAGGAGAUGAUAUAUUGUUUAUUCAUAUCCUUCCUAACUUGCGCUAGCAAGUUCCUUUACUUAGCAGAGUUACAUUCCCCUUUUGACAUCCACAGCAAAUGUCUGGUUGCAGGCUCGUGUGAGCCUCUCACUACAGUGAACCCUCUAGUUACGUACCACUCUGGAUAUGUAACUUUCGGGUUAUGAACGUGGCAAACCCGGAAGUGUAUACUUCCGGGUGUCACCAUGCACGCAUGUGCAGAAGCACUCUGUGCACAGUGCGCACGCGCAGAAGCGCUCAAUUGUGCCAUGCGUGUUUGCAGAAGCGGUGCCUCUGCCUACGGAGUUUUUGGGUUGCGGACAGACCCCCGGAAUGAAUUUAAUUCAUAUCCGGAGGGUCCACUGUAUUAUACAAUUCAGUCUGUCUCAGAUUGAAUUGUAUGUUCCUGGUAAGUUUCCUUGUAAAGGUAAAGCGACCCCUGACCAUUAGGUCCAGUCGUGACUGACUCUGGGGUUGCGGCGCUCAUCUCGCUUUAUUGGCCGAGGGAGCCAACGUACAGCUUCCGGGGCAUGACUAAGCCACUUCUGGCAAACCAGAGCAGCGCAUGGAAACACCGUUUACCUUCCCGUCAGAGUGGUACCAGGGGGUUGGACUAGAUGACCCUGGGACCCUUUCCAACUCCACAAUUCUAUGAUUCUAUGACCAUUGUCCUGAUCCCGCAAGCACUUCUUAUGCUUUUAUGUUCCUAACUUAAUAUGAUCCUGGCAUUUCUGUUCUGCCUUUCUUUUCUUUCUUUCUUUCUUUCUUUCUUUCUUUCUUUCUUUCUUUGUGGUUUUGUUUUCUCUGCUGCAAAAAAUUUCCCUCCUGUGUCAGUCAACCAGUUUGACUGGUUUGGGUUCCUCCGGCGGCAUGAAAGCAGAGGAGCUCCAGGGGGGCUGGAUCUCUCUGGGAACUGGGAACACGACCCCCUCUUUCCACACCGCGCCCCUGCGAAAGCGAGUCAGGGGCUGGCGACUUGUGCAUAAGGCGCCGUGAUCCUACUGUCAGUGCAAAAUCUCAGCUGUGGGAGGCAGGUUCCAAUGGGGUUUUGGUAACUGAGCAGGUUAUUGAGCAAGGACUAUACAGAGCUUCCUGGCAGGGCUGGGAGCCCAGGGCAGUUGUCUCCUUGCACAAGGUGGAGAGAGGAAGCAGGAACUCCCCCCCCCCCCAGGUAGGAGCUUUACUUUAAGGGAUAAAAAGGUAAAGGGACCCCUGACCAUUAGGUCCAGUUGUGGCCGACUCUGGGGUUGCAGCGCUCAUCUCGCUCAUGUGGCCAGCAGGACUAAGCCGCUUCUGGCAAACCAGAGCAGCGCACGGAAACGCCGUUUACCUUCCCACCAGAGCGGUACCUAUUUAUCUACUUGCACUUUGACGUGCUUUCGAACUGCUAGGUUCGAACUGGCAGGAGCAGGGACUGAGCAACGGGAGCUCACCCCAUCUGCUUUUCGCCCCUGGGCAAUUCGGCUCCAGGGACCACGCAUUCACUCCAUAAGACGCACAGACAUUUCCCCAUACUUUUUAGGAAGAAAAAAGUGUGUCUUAUGGAGCGAAAAAUACGGUAUAUUGCUGGCGGACAUGCGGCUUCCUUCCCAAGCCCCCGUGAGAAGAGAGCGAUCCCCACAGAGGCUUGGGAAAAGGUUGACAACUCUGGGAAAUGCGUUGCUGAAGGGAUCUUUGCACCAUGGCCCUGGAUAUACUUAAGACAGCCCUGUUUUCUACUUAGCUACGGACCCUACGCUUUCCGUUCUCUGGUAGACUGUCCCUGAUUCUCCAUCUCAUAUCUAGGCAUAUCAUAUCAGUGGAAAUCUGCCUGACCCUCCUCGUAGCCCGAUGGAUGAAGCCGUCCUCAGGGGGCUGGCAUUUGAGAAGAAUACCCCCCCCCCUUACCGUCUUAAUUUUACCGAAAUCUCCCGAUAAACUCAGAAAAACGGGUGCCUAAUGCAUCCUUCCAGCGAGGGCUGCGGUCUGAUUGCUCCUUCCGGGCUGCAGGAACUUCGGAAAGUGGAAGCCGCCGCUUGGUCAACUUGCGAGUCUGAGGGGGGAGGGUUGCGGUUUCUCCCCCCCCUCUCCUCACCUGCCCACAGCGCUGAGUGCAGCCAGCCCCUGCCGCACGUAAUGGAUGAGUCUCGAGCUCAGAAGAAAAAUCGAUAAAUCUCUUUGCUUCGCUGCGCAACCUGUCGAGAGGCUAUAAAAGAGGCUCUGCAGAUUGAUUCAUCAGCUAAUGUUUGCAAAGUGCCUGGAAGAUAUCAUCACACACACCCCCAACCCAGUGCCUUUUUUAAAAAAAAGAGAGAAAAAGCAGAAAAGCCAUUAGGGAAAGAGUAAUUCCUUGUAUCGAAGCAAAAAACCCAGUCUCAGAAAGAUGCAGAUUUCAGCAGUUCUGUGUGGACCAGCUAUUAUCUGUUUGUUCACCGCUGAGAGAGAGAACUUUUUUGGGGGGGCGGAUGCUUCAAGAUGGGUGUCUGUUGUAAGAUCUUAUGUGCUGAAGAACCUCAAAGCAAUGGCCAAUCUAGAGAAGCAUCCCGUACACACCAUGGCCAAUCAGAUGUCCGCAAUCAGGAUUCGAACACAAGAUCAACUCUCCCCUCCUGUGGUUUCCACCAGCGGCUAUUCAGAACCAUUGCUGCCUCUGACUGUGGAGUCUGAGUGUAGCCAUCACAGCUAGUGGCCGUCGAUAGCCCACGAACUUGUCCAAUCUUCCAUUAGUUGGUGUCUGUCACUGUGUCUGGUGGGAGAGAGUUCCGCAGUUCAACUCUGUGCUGUGUGAAGAAGGACUUUCUUUGAUCUGAAACUUCCAGCAGUCAGCUUUGUAAGCUGUCCACUAAUUCUAGGUUAAAAAAAAGGUGAAGGACCCCUGGAUGGUUAAAUCCAGUCAAAGGCGACUUUGGGGUUGCAGCGCUCAUCUCGCUUUCAGGCCGAGGGAGCCGGCGUUUGUCCACAGACAGCUUUCCGGGUCAUGUGGCCAGCAGGACUAAACCGCUUCUGGUGCAACGGGACACUGUGACGGAAACCAGAGCGCAUGGAAAUGCUGCUUACCUUCCCACCGGAGUGGUACCUGUUUAUCUACUUGCACUGGUGUGCUUUUGAACUGCUAGGUUGGCAGGAGCUGGGACCAAGCAUCUACACGUUGUUGGCAUCAAAAUCCCAGUCUGCAUUCCCCACCCCACCCUGUUUAAACUUCAUUUACCCUUUGACAGGAAAUCUGCCAAGUUUUGAAGAAGGAAAACGUCACCAGUGGCCUGCUUGCAAGGGAAGAUAAUCACUGGGGCAAAGCAGGGCAGAGACCUACCAUAAUUAUUUUUCUAGACCCCAAAAUUCAGAAUGGUGGCUCUGAAGUCCAUUGAUUGUGCAGAAGGACUUGAGUUCAGUGGCAGGUCACAGGCCUUGCAUGCAGAAGGCUAGCUCUGAGAUACCGGACAGCCACUGGCAGUCAAUGUAACCAAUACGGAACUAGAUGCCCAAGCGAUCUAACGCGAUAGAAUGCUGCUUCCCUGUGCUGGGCUCUUGGCUGUAAUACAGCAGAGACGUGCUCACUUUCUGAAACACGAGGUUGAGAGCAACUAAGGUGCUGGGCUGUUUUUGGCCUCGCUGGCGAAACCGCAGUCUGGACAUUUGUCCGCUGCAAGAGCAUUUCCUCUUUUCCUCUGUCUUUUGGUUAGGAGCUUGCAUGUGGCGUCUGCAUGCAGAAGGGGAGAGAGGAUUCCCACCCCUUUUUGAAGAUGGUGACAACACUUGCCUUCAAGUCUGCAGGAACCUCACCGACAUUGGCAAAGGAAAGGCGCUUUACAGUGGUGCCUCGCAAGACGAAAAACUCGCUAGACGAAAGAGUUUUCCGUUUUUUGAGUCGUUCCGCAAGACGAAUUUCCCUAUGGGCUUGCUUCGCAAGACGAAAUGUCUUGCGAGUUCUUGCGAGUUUGUUUCCUUUUUCUUAAAGCCGCUAAGCCGUUAAUAGCCGCUAAGCCACUAAGCCGCUAAUAGCCGUGCUUCGCAAGACGAAAAAACCGCAAGACGAAGAGACUCGCGGAACGGAUUAAUUUCGUCUUGCGAGGCACCACUGUAUAUGUGUUGUGCAUGCAGUUAUAACACGGCGACACUGGAUGGCGAUGUGGGGUUCCGUUUUUGCCAACCUGAUUUCUUUCUUUUUUAUGAAAAAAUUCUUUACUGAAAUUCAUGAAUGUCAUUACAGAUUUAACUUCUCACAUACACAUAGAUAUAAAAAAUAUAUACAGUGUAUUCUUACAUUAGUUUAACAUAAAAUGUUAAUUUAACCUUCUAAUUCCACUUAGAUAUCCACUAAGCUAAAAUCGUAUAAUGUUACAUAAAAUAAAGUAAAAACAAACAAACUAAAGUAAAAUAAAUAUAGACUUCCCAUAUUUCCCAAUAUAGUUGACAUUUGUGAUUUUGAAAGUACUUAUAAUUAUUACCUUACAUUUAAUAUACUUUCUAAUACUUUCUUACAACCUAGUGUACCGGUUUUCCUCUAUUUCUUAAUAUUUUAGGUACACAAGGGUCAUACAAACACUACCAUAGAUAAUACAUCGCUGUUACCUUUUUUGGAAGUAUCUCUUAAACAUUUCCCAUUUUUGAGAAAAUAAUUGUAAACCCGAUUUCUCAUACAAAGUUUGCAACGCAUUUUCCUGAAAAGCUUCUUGGAUAUGUCUAGAUCCAGCCCUAUUCCCCAAGGCUUCUCAAAGAUUAUAGGCAGAGACUCUGAGAUUACAUCUGUAAACUCUCUUGGGUGCAAGCUAAUCAGGCCCUGGAGACAAUUCAUUUGAAGCAACUAGGUAUUCCCUGACCACCUCUUUUUGUAUCUUGGGCUGUAGCUCCCUCCUUGCAUCGUUUAUUCUGUUAUCACCAGGUUGGGCACUGCUUUGGGCGAAGACAGAGGCGAUGAGCAGUUCCUCCUCCUCCUCUCUGUGUCACCCAAUAGCAUUUGUGGACUCUCCUGCCUUGGAGGUUUUUAAGCAGAGGUUGGAUGACCACCUGCAAUGGAUGCUUUAGGUGUGAUCAUUUUAAAUUGCAUUUAGUUAUUUCUUUGCAUUUAGUUACUUCUUUGCAUUUAGUUAUUUCCUUGCAUUCUGCUAUUUCUUUGCAUUCAGUUAUUUCUUUGCAUUCAGUUACUUCUUUGCAUUUAGUUACUUCUUUGCAUUCAGUUAUUUCUUUGCAUUUAGUUAUUUCUUUGCAUUCAGUUAUUUCUUUCCAUUCAGUUAUUCCCUUGCAGGGCUGUGUGCGUGUGCAACCCCACCAGGGCUCCCCAAACCUCUCUGUCUAAUCCACUCCUUCAAAAGUGCAGAUUGCGAGCUUCCCUCGUUUAUUGACCAAGCUCAGAGCAGCCUUCUCCUCAACCUGGCACCCUCCAGAUGUUCUGGACUACAUUUCCCACCAGCCCUAGCCAGCAUGGUCCCUGACCUGGGAUGGUGGGAGUUGUAGUCUAAAACAUCAGGAAGAAGCACCACAGUUCAAGAAGGACACUGACAAACUGGAACGUGUCCAGAGGAGGGCAACCAAAAUGGUCAAAGGCCUGGAAACGAUGCCUUAUGAGGAACGGCUAAGGGAGCUGGGCAUGUUUAGCCUGGAGAAGAGGAGGUUAAGGGGUGAUAUGAUAGGAUGGCACUAUAACACAUUUGUCUUGGUUUAUAAGCCUUUGUGAGCAUACUUCGGAAGAAAGCUCUGAAAAUUCGGAUCUGACCCCUGACCCCUUAUAUGGGAUUUGGCAUAUAAAUUUUCCCUUGGCUUUUUUGCUGGCCCAUGUAGGACCAGCAUGGAUAGCUGGCUCGGGUGAAUAUCUGAUGUUUCCUCCCUUUAUGGUCUUGAUUUAUGGGCUACUACUAAAAUGAGGCUGCAUUUUAAGCUGUAUUUUAAGCCAUAUUUUAAUUAACUGUUUGUUUGUUUGUUUGUUUGUUGUUUCUAUUACGUUUUAUUGUAAUUUGUAUUUGGUAUUAGCUCCCCUGAGCCCAGUCCUGGCCAGGGAGGGCGGGGUAUAAAUAAAAUUGUAUUAUUAUUAUUUUUAAAAGUUGACCCAUAAAGCGCAUAAUAAUUUCUAUAAUUCGCCUUAUUGGGUGAAGAGGAAGGGAAAAAGCCUUGCAUUCUUCAGUUUGGAUUCUUGCUCUGCUCCAGAGGUUGAACAUAAGUUUCACAACACCACAAUAUUCACGUUAGGAAUAUUAACAGCUCUUGUCUCGUCCGCGCUGAGUGACGUUUUCCGGAGAUGUUCUUUCUUUGAUUGAAGAUUUCCUCCUGGGGUGUUUGACUGCUUUCUGCCGAUAAGAUCAGACGUGACCCAGCCAUGAACAGAAUACCACUGCUUUCGCCAAGCCGGCGCCCGCCGGAUGUUUUGAACUUCAUUUCCCUUCACCCUCAGCACCGCAAGACUUUGAAGUCACAAACCUCCAGAGGGCACCAGCUUGGGGAAGGCUGGAGCAGGUUGUUUCGGCGAGCUCAGCUUUGUUUUGCAAGCUGGGAAAGUCCCCGGUCUUUAUCCUCACCCUAACUGUCAGGCGUGCUUUUCGAGCCGACUUGAAGACUCAAAAGUCUACAAGGAAAACAAAGCCCUGGGGGGGAAUUUGUUGAGAGAUGUAGGAAGCUGAUCCUUGAUUGCUGAUUCCCGGAAGGGAGACGGGAGGAAUCAUAUCUUAGACGCAGAUCGUAUUCUCUUGACUUGAUGCUGACAUGUACCUUUGCCAUUGACGCAACCCCACAGCCAGGCAGGGUUGGGAGGGGCUGGGAAAUCAUUUAGCAGUCCCUGUGGGCAGGUGAGAAAGCAGCCGGAUUUUGAUGGAGAAGGUUGCCUAAGGUGAAAGGGUUAAGCGCCCUGCUUCGCCCCCUCACCGCUGCUAUUUUGCUCACAUUUAUUCAGCGAGAGAGGUGCCGAUCGGUUAGAAAGUGGGGAGCCUGGCCCUGUCUCUCUAAAACUUUUCAGGUUGCAUGUUGAUGGUAAGGAUUUGUGCCAAAGGACGGAAAGACUUCAUUCGGUUUUGAUAAGUAGGAGGCACAGGGCUUCUCUGGAAAGGAGCAUUUGUGUAGCUGAAAAAGGGGAAAUUCCGUUUUGGUCUUGUAUGCACAGCCAGAAUGAAACUUCACAGAUCCUCUGGAGUCCAGAAAUGAAAAUGGUGUUCAGUGUGCAUAUGUGCAGAAAAUGUACUUCCUCAAUCUUCUUUGAUGGGCCACUCCAGAUGUCCUUUUCGUUGUGCAUUCACGAUUCUUUAUUUUAUUUAUUUAACCACAACAACAACCCUUUGAGGUAGGUUAGGCUGAGAGGCCUGUUGUCUUUGUCCUUGGAGUUUUCUUGGCAGGGAUACUGGAGUAGCUUGCCGGUUCCUGCUCCAGGUGGAUCACGUUUGGUCAAAACUCUCUGCUAUGACCUGUCCAUCUUGGGUGGCCCUGCACGGCAUAGCUCAUAGCUCCUCUGAGUUAUUCAAGCCCCUUCGCCAUGGGAAGGCAGUGAUCCAUGAAGGGGAAGAAAUGGAGGCAGUUAGAGAUUUUACUUUCUUGGGCUCCAUGAUCACUGCAGAUGGUGACAGCAGUCACGAAAUUAAAAGACGCCUGCUUCUUGGGAGAAAAGCAAUGACAAACCUAGGCAGCAUCUUAAAAAGCAGAGACAUCACUUUGCCAACAAAGGUCCGUCUAGUAAAAGCUAUGGUUUUCCCAGUAGUGAUGUAUGGAAGUGAGAGCUGGACCAUAAAGAAGGCUGAUCGCCGAAGAAUGGAUGCUUUUGAAUUCUGGUGCUGGAGGAGACUCUUGAGAGUCCCAUGGACUGCAAGAAGAUCAAACCUCUCCAUUCUGAAGGAAAUCAGCCCUGAGUGCUCACUGGAAGGACAGAUCCUGAAGCUGAGGCUCCAAGACUUUGGCCACCUCAUGAGAAGAGAAGACUCCCUGGAAAAGACCCUGAUGUUGGGAAAGAUGGAGGGCACAAGGAGAAGGGAACGACAGAGGACGAGAUGGUUGGUCAAUGUUCUCGAAGCUACCAGCAUGAGUUUGACCAGACUGCUGGAGGCAGUGGAAGACAGGAGUGCCUGACGUGCUCUGGUCCAUGGGGUCACGAAGAGUCAGACACGACUAAACGACUAAACAACAACAAGGCUGAGAGGCAGUGACGGGCAGCGAGGUCACCCAGUGAGAAAUUUGAACCCUGAUCUCCCAGGUCCAUAUCUGAUACUCUAGCCCAGGGGUCAGCAAGGUUUACCUCGUCUGGGCCAGUUCACUCCAGUGGAGAUCCCUCCCUGGACCAGAUCAUACGUGCACCCACGAUUUCCGGCGUCUGCACAGAAGUGAUUUUUUGCAUCUGCGCAUGUGCAGACAUGAUUUUCGGUGCUGCGGAAGCAAUUCCUGUGCCAUACUGCGCCAGUUCAGUGCAGCGCAGGGGGAGUCACUGAGUGGGUGGCUCAGUUUGGGGGCGGCUUGUGGGCCAGUUAAACAACUCCCGUGGGUGGCUUGUGGCCCACGGGCCUUAGGUUGCCAACUCCUGCUCUAGCCACUACCACCACACUGGUUCUCAGACCGCACUGGCUCUCUCAGGGAUGACGCUGGGUGCUUAUACACAAUUCUGCUUGCUUUCUUGUCAAUCCACGCAGCUUCCUGACCCUCCAGGCAGCAAUAAUGGGUUAUCAUUUAAGAAGCGUUGCAAAAUAAGAGUGGAAUGGCGUGUGAAUGACUCAUUAUAAAUCCAGAGUGAAUGCAUUAUUAUUGCAUCAAUGACAUGUUUCGUGCAUAUGUAAUAGGGCUUCAAUGUAAAAGUUCCACAUUAUAUUUUCAUUUUCAAAAAAAUAUCUGCGGCCUGAACCAGGGUUCACACAUGUGUGGUGCAAGCAAGGGAGAUAAUGAGACAGCCAUACUUUUAAAGUAACUUUAAAGUAACUUUUUGAGGGCUUCCCAGGAUCAUUGAGUUGGCCACAGUGAGAAAAGGGUGCUGGUUUAGAAGGGGCUCUGGCCUGAUCCUGCAAAGCUUCUCAUGCAUUCUUAGCGUGCAGUUCGUCCCUGAGAGCACCUGGAAUGUGGUGUUUUAUUGUCAGGUACAAUUCUGCCCAUAUGGUUUUGGAGGAAACUUAGUGAAGAAAUUGGCUGUGUUGGCCGAACUCUGCCCUUGAACUCAGCAACCAGUGCAGCCCAAACACAUCCAGAGUCCAGAAUGCGCCCUCAUACUUUACCCCAGAAAAUAUUUGUACGUCCUGACGUCAUUGUUUGAUCAGAGACUGAGAGGAUCGAAGUUAUGUGAACUUCUGGCUGGGGGCAAUGACUGAAAUUGUGAAACUGGCAUUAUCAGUGACAAAUCCGCUGGUGCGCCCGGGAUAUACUGUAUUUUUUGGUGUAUAAGACGCCCCCAUGUAUAAGACGCUCCCUAUUUUGGGGGACUAAAUUUAAAGAAAAUGAGGGGAGAUGGCCCAGCUGGCAAAGUGGGCAGCCGCUCCCCCCGAGCCACUGCAGAUAGGAAGCUCCGUAAAGCCCUAAACGGCCUCGGCCCAGUAUACCUGAAGGAAGAAGAAGAGUUUGGAUUUGAUAUCCCGCCUUUCACUCCCUUCAGGAGUCUCAAAGCGGCUAACAAUCUCCUUUCCCUUUCUCCCCCACAACAAACACUCUGUGAGGUGAGUGGGGCUGAGAGACUUCAGAGAAGUGUGACUGGCCCAAGGUCACCCAGCAGCUGCAGGUGGAGGAGCGGUGACGCGAACCCGGUUCCCCAGAUUACGUGACUACCGCUCUUAACCACUACACCACACUGGCUCUCCACCUCCAUCGUUCUACCAUCACUGAGGUCCAGCGGCGAGGGCCUUCUGGCGGUUCCCUCCCUGCAAGAAGCCAAGUUACAGGGAACCAGGCAGAGGGCCUUCUCGGUAGUGGCACCCGCCCUGUGGAACACCCUCCCAUCAGAUGUCAAGGAAAUAAGCAACUACCAGACUUUUAGAAGACACCUGAAGGCAGCCCUGUUUAGGGAAGCUUUUAAUGGUUAAUAGGUUAUUGUAUUUUAAUAUUCUGUUGGAAGCCGCCCAGAGUGGCUCAAUAGCUUUGGGCAAAACAAAACAAACAACUUUUGUGUCUGGGCUUUUUGAAAUACGGCAUCCCUAUCUGAGAGGUUUCCACUCUCGCUUUUCUCAGACAUCUCCUUACUGCUUCUUACGGAGAACAUCAGCUUCCGUAUAUGAAUCUAUUAUUCUAUGUGUGUUGUCUCUCAUAAAGAAAGGUAAAGGGACCCAUGACCGUUAGGUCCAGUCGUGGCCGACUCUGGGGUUGCGGCACUCAUCUCGCUUUAUUGGCCGAGGGAGCUGGCGUACAGCUUCCGGGUCAUGUGGCCAGCAUGACUAAGCCGCUUCUGGCAAACCAGAGCAGCGCACGGAAACACCGUUUACCUUCCCGCUGGAGUGGUACCUAUUUAUCUACUUGCACUGGUGUGCUUUCGAACUGCUAGGUUGGCAGGAGCUGGGACCGAGCAACGGGAGCUCACCCCGUCACGGGGAUUCGAGCCACCGACCUUCCGAUCGGCAAGUCCUAGGCUCUGUGGUUUAACCCACAGCGCCACCCCCGUCCCUCAUACUCACUUCCAAACUGGAGAUCAUUUAAAGAAGCUCACAUAAUGAGACUAAAACAUCAAUACUAUGGUAGUGCUAACUCUCAAUUAAAGCUUACUUCUUAUGUAUCCUAGUAUUCUUGCAGGGUUUGAAAUGCUAAACAUUUGUACGGCUGCAUUGAUCUGUUGCAUGAUGGACUUUGGCUCUAGAAGAAUAAACUUUGACAGAAAUGCACUAGCAUGCAAACAAAAAACCCGGCAUUUUAACUUUUGUGAGCUGCUAAUUUUCUGCACAGUCUUUAGUGACGCUUUCACGUUGCAUCAACAGCCCCGAAGAGGAAGUCAAGGUGUUUGGUUCUUGGAGGGGUUUUUCGAGAGCAAAUCAGAAUAUUUGCACCUGCAUAUUUGCACAGCUCAUAUCAAAUAUUGAAGGAUCCAGGGCAAUGCGCUUGACUGAGGAGAGGCCUUUGGGACGUUUGUUUAGGCCUUGCGCAGAAAGAAGAAAAGUCAGUGACAGUUACGAGAAACUCAACAGUUUUGUCCUGUUGGUGUGGAUAGCUUACCUAGCGCCAGAAGGAAAGUAAUGUACCACUUUAAAAAAAAAAAGAUUUGCAUGCACCAAUUUAUGUGUGCAGAUGCAAAUUUAGAAAAGUCUCCUCUAACCUGAGCAGAAAUAUAUAACUCAGGUGGUAGAGAAUGAGGCUUGUACUCUCAGGGUUGUGGGUUCCAGCCCCACACUGGGCAAAAAAAAUCCUGCCUUGCAGGGGGUUGGACUAAAGGACCUUCAGGGUCCCUUCCAGUUUUAUGAUUCUAUAAUACAUCUCGCCAUAAUGGUGAAGGCUCUGACAGGUGACCCAUGAACUUGCCUGAUCUGCUGUCAAGGUGCACACUGUUGACAGGCAACUUCAAGGCGUCUGAUGGUCUCUCUCUCUUUUGAGUUUUUUAUUUUUGAUGCAGAUUUUACUGGGCUCCUCAAAGACAGUCCUUUGAAAAUCAGACAAAUUCAUGGAGGAGCAGGAUCGACCAAUGGCGACUAGCCAGGGUUGGUGUGUUCUCCUGCCCCUGUCAGAGGCAGAAUGCGCCUGAAUUGCUGGGAAUUGACAAGUGGAAAGAGCACUUUUGUGCAUGGGUCCUGCUGGCUGUGAGAGGUUUUUAAUAUUUUUAAUGUUUUUAAUAUUCUGUUGGGAGCCGCCCAGAGUGGCUGGGGAAACCCAGCCAGAUGGGCAGGGUAUAAAUAAUAAGUUGUUGUUGUUGUUGUGAAGGUAAGUUAAAGGACCCCUGGAUGGUUAAGUCCAGUCAAAGGCGACUAUGGGGUUGCAGCGCUCAUCUCGCUUUCAGGCAGAAGGAGCCGGCGUUUAUCCACAGACAGCUUUCUGGGUCAUGUGGCCAGUAGGACUAAACCACUUCUGGCACAACAGGACACCGUGACGGAAACCAGAGCGCACGGAAAUGCCGUUUACCUUCCCGCUGCAGUGGUACCUAUUUAUCUACUUGCACCGGUGUGCUUUUGACCUGCCAGGUUGGCAGGAGCUGGGACAGAGCAACGGGAGCUCACUCCGUCACGGGGAUUCGAACCGCUGACCUUCCGAUCGGCAAGCCCAAGAGGCUCAGUGGUUUAGAUCACAGCGCCACCCGUGUUCCCCAUUGUGAGAACAGGAUACUGGGCUACAUGGACCAUUGGCCUGAUCCAGAAGGCUUUUGCUAGGUUCGUAAGUCUGCUGUGCCAUCGCAUCCAAAGGGAACCAAAUCCUGCAACAAGAUCUAUAUUAAUAUCAAACGACAUUAGGAUGCUCUGCUCAAUACGCCCCCAUUGCCCUGACCCAGCAGAGAUCUUCUUAGCUUAUUUUAACUCUUCAUCUUUCCCGCGCCACGUUUUUGGGGAGAGAGCUCCCCAGGCAGCUUGCAUGCACAGAGAAGGCACCAAAUCUCAUUCCAGUGAAACAGAACCACGAAAACAGUAGCCUGGAAACAAUUUCACAGCCCAGUUUCGCAGCUCAUAUAAAACCAAUUUGCACAACCAAGGAGAAACAAUUUAAAACCAGCCACACUUUGUUAAAUAGUCAGUAUUCAGCCCAACAUUUGGGAUUAAAAGCGACUGGCAAGAAAUGGAUUUUAGAGGCCCCAACUUGAAGCCGUUACUGAUGGGGGCCAAGCAUCUAUCCAUUAAGUGGGAUAUGGGGCCACCAGCAAGAAGCCCUCCCUCCGUACAUUUGGCUUUGCAAGAACACUUCCUGUGCAAAGUUCGUCGAAAGGAGCAGCAAUCGCUCAGAGACAUCUCGUUUUUGGAUCUGACAAGAGUUUGUUCUCUGCGAGCGAGAGCUCGAUCUCGAUCUAGAUAACCAUGUUCUGCCCUCAUCAGCUUGUAGAAUUUCCUCCUCUCUCCCUCCCACAGCCUCUCAUACAUAAUCUGUGUGGGGUCUUCUGCCAAACGCAUCUUGGCAGCCCUUGCAUGUGUGUUUAUGUGUGCGGCCUUUGUGGAGCAAUUGUCGAAACAUUUGCGAGGUGGUUGGAGGAGGGAGAAAGUUUGUUUGUGGUUUUGAUCAAAGCCGCGCAUUGUCCCAGAUCAGCCUGACCGGGCCAUCACCUUCCACGUGAUGCUGUGAACACGCCUGGAGAGAUCCCUGCUGACAUGUCUUGCAGGAAACAAGGGUCAAGUCGAUUAUCCCUUCUCCUUCCGCCCCCUCGGUGCUUUCUGGCUGCGAAAGCUUUCGAGCGUCAGCCAUGGAAGAUGCAGCGCUUUCCUGGUUCCCAGGCUCUCCUGGAGUUUCAAAGAGAUCAUAGAACGGUAGAGUUGGAAGGGACCCCUGAGGGUUAUCUAGUCCAACCCCUGGAAAUGCAGGAAUCACAGCUGAAGAAUCCCUGACAGACGGCUAUCCAACAUCUGCUUCAAAACCUCCAAGGAAGGAGAGUCUACCACAGGGGUCAGCAAACUUUUUCAGCAGGGGGCCGGUCCACUGCCCCUCAGACCUUGUGGGGGGCCGGACUAUAUUUUGAAAAAAAAUAAUGAACGAAUUCCUAUGCCCCACAAAUAGCCCAGAGAUGCACUUUAAAUAAAGGCAUACAUUCAACUCAUGUAAAAACACGCUGAUUCCCAGACCGUCCGCAGGCUGGAUGGAGAAGGCAAUUGGGCCGGAUCCAGCCCCCGGGCCUUAGCUUGCCUACCCGUGGUCUACCACCUCCACUGUCUAACAGUUCUUACUGUCAGAAAGGCACUUCUUGAUAUUUCAUUGGAAUCUCCUUUCUUGUAACUUGAAUCGAUUGAUUUGGGUCCUGUCCUCUGCAGCAGCAGAAAACAACCUUGCUCCAUCUAUUAUGUGACAUCCCUUGAGAUAUUUGAAGACGGCUAGCCUAUCUCCUCUCAGUCUCCUCUUUUCCAGGCUAAACAUACCCAGCUCCUUCAACCAUUCCUCAUCAGGCUUGGUUUUCAGAGUCUUGGUUGCCCUCCUCUGCACACACAUUCCAGCUUUUUAAUGUGUGACAUUUUAAUGUAUUUUUAAUCUUUGUUGGGAGCCGCCCAGAGUGGCUGGGGAGGCCCAGCCAAAUGGACGGGGUACAAAUAAAUUCUUCUUCUUCUUCUUCUUAUUAUUAUUAUUAUUAAUAUUAUUAUUAUUAUAUUUUUAAGAUUUGCCUUGAGAGAGUUUUUAAACCUCUUUUGUUGACCACCAGCAUUACAUUUUCCAUUUUUAAGUUCGGAAUAGAGCAGUUGUUUUGGAAGACGAUUAUGCGCUCCCGAGCCUGGAAGUUCAACGUAGCAGCCAUGGCCCAAAGCUGCAGACAGUUCUGUUAUUGGCGAAUCUUUCUAAGGUCUAUUUAAAGCAUUUGCUAGAAUCUGCAGCCUCCCUCCCUCUUUCUUGCUCAGCCCUUGUCAGGCAGAUACACCCGCCGCCCAACAGUUCUUCUGCCAGCCAUCUUCUGCCACUAUUCCAGUGGUCUAAAAGGGGAGGCUGGUUGCAGGGAAUGUAAGAAAGUAAAGAACUUCUGGGAAAUGAUAUAUAAUGUGAUGAAAUAUACAUUCUUUAAAAAACCAGAAGCAUUUUUACUUGGUAUUAUAGGCCAAGACAUUAAUAGGCAAGAUGUCAAACUGUUCUUAGAUGCAACAACAGCGGCAAGAGUAUUGUUAGCCCAGAAAUGGAAGCCAGAAGAAAUUCCGACGAAAGAAGAAUGGCAGACGAAAUUAAUGGACUAUGCAAAAUUGGACAAAAUGACAGAAAGGAUUCAAAACCUGCGGGACCAGAGAUUUACAGAAGAUUGGAAGAAGUACAGUGGUGCCCCGCAAUACAAAUGCCUCGCAAGAAGGAAAACCCGCUAGACGAAAGGGUUUUCCGUUUUUCGAUGCGCUUCGCAGGACGAAUUUCCCUAUGGGCUUGCUUCGCAAGACGAAAAUGUCUUGCGAGUCUUGAGAUUUUUUUUCGCUCCCCCCCCCUUUUUCUAAGCCGCUAAGCCACUAAUAGCCUUUUAGCAGCUAAGCCACUAAGCCGCUAAGCCUUUAAUAGCUGCUAAACCGCUAAUAGCGCUAAUCCGCUAAGCCGCUAAUAGGGUUGCUUCGCAAGACGAAAAAACCGCUAGACGAAGACACUCGCGGAACGGAUUAAUUUCGUCUUGCGAGGCACCACUGUAUAUGGAUUAUUUGAAGAGCAACUGCAAUCAACAAAUUACGCUAGUAGGACUACAAGAAGUUUUGUAAGGAGAAAUAUACGGAAUGUUACAAAGUAGGAAAAGAUAGAGAUAUUGGUCAUGAGUUUGAAAUGUAAUGGGGAAAAUAAGAAAUGCAUACUGAGAGACUAGAUUGGAAAAUUUUCAGACAGGACUGGUGGAAGUCAAAAAAACUGAAUAGGAUGUAAAAGCAUGUUUAAUUAUUGUUGAAAAUGGUAUGUUAAAAAGCUAAUAAAAAAUUAUAUAUAUAUAAAAGCGGAGGCUGGUUGCACUUCCUCCUAUCGGAGGCCAGGCAGAGGUCCAUCCUCCCAAAAUCCUGCUCCCGGUUGCUGCCCGUGAUAGUGCUUUUGUGCCAGCCAUCCCACAACACCAGGAUGUGGUUACUGGACAGGUCAGAUUUGCUGAUGCUAUCGCUCUUGCCUCGAGUUUCGUACGCUGCCACCCAGCCAUCUGACAUCCUGCUUCUGCUUCUACUGCUUCCUCUUGCUGCCUAUAUAGGGCAUCCCCACAGAAGGACUUUCCGAGCCCGAUCACAGCAGGUGGAAAGGCAGCACAGGGGUGGGGGUUGCCGAGGCCACCUGAGCCGGUCCAGGAAAAAGAGGCUUUGUCCUGCAGGUACUCCAAAGGAUUUGCAGUUGCAUGCACAGGCGUUUUGAAAAGCCACCCCUUUCGUGUGCCUCUCGCUCUCUGCGUGUGGCUAGACCUCCUGAAACAGAGGUGAGUGGCAGACUUGGGGUGGGUUGGCUGGAAUUGUAGUAAAGGUUCCUUGGCACGUAUCAUACUCGUUUUUUAAAGCUAGGUUUAAGGAUGAGUGAGGAUGGGCAGAUUGGCUUCUCAUUUUUCUACUCCAAAGUUCAGGUUCUCCGCACGUCCACAUCAGUUUGCAGAAAAAGUAGUGAAAACCCUGAAAAUUUACCUGCUAAUUUCUCUCGAUGUACAUAGUUUUGAAUGCAGUUUCACCCGAUAGCAUGUCAUUUUGCAAAUCAAAUUUCUCUUCUCUUCUUAACAUUUUAUAUUCUUUGUUGAAAAAUUGUUGCUGUCGUUUAGUCUUGUCCGACUCUUCGUGACCCCCUGGACCAGAGCACGCCAGGCACUCCUGUUUUCCACUGCCUCCCGCAGUUUGGUCAAACUCAUGCUGGUAGCUUCGAGAACACUGUCCCACCAUCUCAUCCUCUGUGGUCCCCUUCUCCUUGUGCCCUCCAUCUUUCCCAACAUCAGGGUCUUUUCCAGGGAGUCUUCUCUUCUCAUGAGGUGGCCAAAGUAUUGGAGCCUCAGCUUCAGGAUCUGUCCUUCCAGUGAGCACUCAGGGCUGAUUUCCUUCAGAAUGGAUAGGUUUCAUGUUGAAAAAUAAAAAGUACAAAAUUGCAACUGCACGGAGUAAGAUAAGACAAAAGAGGAAGAAAUUUUCUCUUCUCUUUAAAAAUACUUUAAUGUUGCACAGUACUUUUAAAUUUCCUUUUGCAUAUCAGACAGAUAUGCAAGAUAUUCCCAAUUCCCUUUUUUCCAAAUCUAGUCAGCAAACCCUCUUUAAUUAGACCCUAUUCUCUGUCGCUUUGCAUAGCUGUUAGUUUAAACAAAGCACACUACUCCCAGAUUACCCUGGUGAGAUUUGAUUUCACUGGUUUACGUCUGCGCUUCCAAGCUCAAGCAUACAGAGGAAACUGUCUUGUACGAAUCAGACCAUUGGUCCAUCUACUUCAAUAUUGUCUGCACAGACAGGCAGCAGCUCAUUGGCAUUCCAGGCAGGAGACAUUCCAAGCCUUACCUGGCAAUGUCAGGGCUUGAACCCAGGACAUUCUGGAUGCAAAACAGGUGGUUGGCUACUGAGCUACAGUCCUCUCCCCCCACCCCAGCCUCCCACCCCCAAAAAGCCUUGCAAUAGUUAAAAUGUGUAAAAUCUGAUUUUUGUACUCUUGCCAUGAUCUAUCGAAGUUGGGUAUGUUUAGCCUGAAAAAGAGGAGACUGAGAGGAGAUAGGCUAGCCAAAUAUCUCAAGGGCUGUCGCAUGGAAGAGGGAGCAAGCUUGUUUUCUCCUGCACUGGAGGGUAGGACUCGAACCCAUGGCUUCAAGUUACAAGAAAGGAAAUUCCGACUAAACAUACAGGAUAAACUAUCUGACAAUAAGAGCUGUUCGGCAGCGGAACGGUCUCCCACAAGAGGUGGUGGACUAUCCUUCCUUGGAGGUUUUUAAGCAGAGGUCGGACAGCCAUCUGUCAUGGAUACUUUAGCUGAGAUUCCUGCAUUUUGGUGGGUUGGACUAGAUGACACUCGGGUCCCUGCCAACUCUCUACAAUUCUACAAUUCUGUAAUUCUGUUGUUGUUGUUUAGUCGUUUAGUCGUGUCCGACUCUUCGUGACCUCCUGGACCAGAGCACGCCAGGCACUCCUGUCUUCCACUGCCUCCCGCAGUUGCGUCAAACUCAUGCUGGUAGCUUCGAGAACACUGUCCAGCCAUCUCGUCCUCUGUCGUCCCCUUCUCCUUGUGAUCUUUCCCAACAUCAGGCUUUUUUCCAGGGAGUCUUCUCUUCUCAUGAAGUGGCCAAAGUAUUGGACCCUCAGCUUCUGAUUUCCUUCAGAAUGGAUCGGUUUGAUCUUCUUGCAGUCCAUGGGACUCUCAAGAGUCUCCUCCAGCACCAUAAUUCAAAAGCAUCAAUUUUUCGGCGAUCAGCCUUCUUUAGGGUCCAGCUGUCACUUCCAUACAUCACUACUGGGAAAACCAUAGCUUUAACUAUACAGACCUUUGUCUGCAAGGUGAUGUCUCUGUUUUUUUAAGAUGCUGUCUAGUCUGUGAUUCUAUCCUUGACUAAAUUCAAUAAAUGUAUUAAGAGGUCAAUGGGUGUCUUUGAUCUGAAAACUUCCUCUUAAUAUCUCUGUUUCGUGCACCCAGAACCGUUUUGCUUUUCUGCACUCCCAUCGCAAAGGGGCAAAGGUUACCUUUUCCUGUACCCCAAACCAACACUUUCCCAGUGAUUUUUGGAUCCCCCUGUCUGGAAACCUCUUCUUGUGUAAUUUAAGCCCAUGCGAUGUGGCCCUGCUUUCUGGGCAGCAGAAAAACAAGCCUUUGCCUGCUUUAAGUCCCCCCUCUGAGCUCCAUGUAUUACACGUCCUCCUUUUUCCCUCUCCCUCUUCUGUUCUAAUCCGAACGGUGCCCAUUCAAAACCUGAACUUUCUGCCAACUUUACCUUUUGAAAUCCGCUGGGGGUUAAGGUGCCCAUUAUACCAGGAGCGCUGGACCAGAUUGGUUGGAGAGGCGAAGCAGUUCUCAACCUCGCAGGUGCCCGGAGACGGCGAUGGGAGGAGAGAAAAGUGUCGCUUUCGCCCGAAUUCAACACCCCGCAAACAAUUCCACCGCAAUUAAGCGCUGUGAAAUUGUUGGAAAGGAGGAACGGUUCCUUUCGGCGCUGGCGACUUAACUGCCUUUCAGCCUUUGUAGAGUGUGAAUGGGGUAACAAAAAGGUGUUGUGUGUCUGCCUACGUGACGCAGCGGCUCUCAUUAGCCGCCACGCGCAGUUCGUGACCUUUGCCUGUGAAGGGCAUUGCUCUUUGGGGCCGGCUCUGCCAUUAGGCAGGAGAGUCACGUGCCUCAGGCGGUUGGAUUGGGGUGUCACGAAAGGGCAGGAAAUUGCUCCUUCUUUGGGGGAUUUUUACGGGGAUUUUCGGCUGUUGCGCACCUUGCCUCUUGGGUGGGUCGUUGGGCAGAGGGGGGCAUUUGCUGUUCUGCCUCAGGCGGCAAACUAUUUUGGGCUUGUCUUCAGCAGUCCAUGGGGAGAGUGAUAUGAGGGGUGCUACCAGACCCAUUGAGGACCCCCAAGUAGCACAGGAUGUCUGUCUGUCAUUCAGGAGUGCUGCCUUUCCCCCGUGACAGUGUGUGCCCAGGAUCUGUGCUUUUUUCUAGGGGGGUGCAUACUCCUAAACAUUUUGCGAAUCUUUGUACUUUUUUCCCAUUUACUGUAUUUAUUUCCCCCGAUUUGAACCAUAAAAUGGUGAUUUUCUUGAAUCAAAAUGAGAGUACCUCUAAACUGGGAGCUGCCGCCGAGACCACAUAACACCGGUCUUGAAAGACCUACACUGGCCCCCAGUACGUUUCCAGGCACAAUUCAAAGUGUUGGUGUUGACCUUGAAAGCCCUCAACGGCCUCGGUCCAGUACAGUGGUACCUCAGGUUCCUUACGCUUCAGGUUACACGCUCCGCUAACCCAGAAAUAGUGCUUCAGGUUAAGAACAUUGCUUCAGGAUAAGAACAGAAAUCAGGCUCAGGUGGCGCAGCAGCAGCAGGAGGCCCCAUUAGCUAAAGUGGUACUUCAGUUUAAGAACAGUUUCAGGUUAAGAACGGACCUCUGGAACGAAUUAAGUUCUUAACCUGAGGUACCACUGUAUACCUAAAGGAGCGUCUCCACCCCCAUCGUUCUGCCCGGACACUGAGGUCCAGCUCUGAGGGCCUUCUGGUGGUUCCCUCACUGCGAGAAGCCAAGUUACAGGGAACCAGGCACAGGGCCUUCUCGGUGGUGGCGCCCGCCCUGUGGAAUGCCCCCCCCCCCAGAUGUCAAAGAGAACAACUACCAGACUUUUAGAAGACAUCUGAAGGCAGCCCUGUUUAGGGAAGCUUUUAAUGUUUAAUAGGUUAUUGUAUUUUAAUAUUCUGUUGGAAGCCGCCCAGAGUGGCUGGGGAAAUCCAGCCAGAUGGGUGGGGUAUAAAUAAUAUAUUAUUAUUAUUACUGGAAAAAAGCACUGCCCGGGGCCAUGGGUGCCAUGCAGAGUGCACUGAAAUUGGUGGGUGCCCGGCUCCUUCAUGGGGAAUUUUGUGGGUGCUCGGCCACCCAGGGCCCCAGGGAGUUGGCGCCUACGCUGUCGCUUCUGAGGAGGAACUCAUCGUGUGGAUUCAGACCCCGGCACUUUCAUACAGUGGUGCCUCGCAAGACGAAAUUAAUCCGUUCCGCGAGUCUCUUCGUCUUGCGGUUUUUUCGUCUUGCGAAGCACGGCUAUUAGCGGCUUAGCGGCUUUAAGAAAAGGGAAAGCAAACCUCGCAAGAACUCGCAAGAUGUUUCGUCUUGCGAAGCAAGCCCAUAGGGAAAUUCAUCUUGCGGAAUGACUCAAAAAACGCAAAACCCUUUCAUCUAGCGAGUUUUUCGUCUUGCGAGGCAUUCGUCUUGCGGGGCACCACUGUAUUUCAAACCUAAAAGAUUCUGCGAGGAUCGACUUGGGACAGGAAACUGGGGGGAUCAAUCUGCCACACGAUUCCAGGGACCAGACCCCCCUACAUCAAUUUGAUUUGAUUUAUUACAGUUCAUAGAACCAUAGAACUGCAGAGUUGGAAGGGACCCUGAGGGCAAUCUAGUCCAACCCCCUGCAAUGCAGGAAUCUUUUGCCCCACGUGGUUCUCGAACUCAUGUCCCUGAAAUUAAGAGUCUCGGGUUCUGCUGACUGAGCUACCAAGUUUUCCAUGCUGCUUUUCAUUCAGGCAAAGCCCCAAAGCGGCUUACAAACAAUAACCAAUAAUAAUAUGAUAGAACGUAAUAGGUAAAGGUAAAGGGACCCCUGACCAUUAGGUCCAGUCGUGACCAACUCUGGGGUUGCAGCGCUCAUCUCGCUUUAUUGGCCGAGGGAGCCGGCGUACAGCUUCCCGGGUCAUGUGGCCAGCAUGACUAAGCUGCUUCUGGCAAACCAGAGCAGUGCACGGAAACGCCGUUUAUCUUCCUGCCGGAGUGGUACCUAUUUAUCUACUUGCACUUUGACGUGCUUUCGAACUGCUAGGUUGGCAGGAGCAGGACCGAGCAACGGGAGCUCACCCCAUCGUGGGGAUAUGAACCGCCGACCUUCUGAUCAGCAAGUCCUAGGCUCUGUGGUCUAACCCAAUAGAGCAUCGCAAAAGCAGCACAAAUCACAUAGAGUAAUUAACAAAUUGAUGGUGGAACAAUGGCAAUCUAUCGAUUAUUAUCUGUGAGAUGUCAUAGAAUUGCAGAGUUGGAAGGGACCCUGAGGAUAACAACAACAACAACAAUAAUAAUUUAUUUUUAUACCCUGCCCAUCUGGCUGGACGUCCCCAGCCACUCUGGGUGGCUCAUUUAGUUCAGCUGCCAUUCUAUGGUUCUGUGAGUUAAGAACUAUGUAGAAACCUUUUAAAAAUAUUUGAAAUUAGAGGUAAAAGAGAUGAAACUCAUCAACUGGAUAGGCUUGCCCAACUAAAAUGUUUUAAGCAGGUGCAAAAACGAGUACAGGCAGGGAGUUCCAAAGUUUCGUUGCCACCAUGCUAAAAGAAGGAUUUCUUACAAGUGCGGUUAUUUGACAAAUAGACUGCGGUGGAAUCUACACACCUGUUCAAAACAUUGUGGAAAUGCUUUUUUUCACCACCUGGUGUCACAAAUAUAUAUUGCACUUUGCAACAUAUUCAAAGUGUUUCAUUUGCAGCUGUAUAGCUGAGUCCUGUAUCUCUUUUGACCAGACCAUGGGUAGGCAAACUAAGGCCCGGGGGCCGGAUCCGGUCCACUCGCCUUCUAAAUCCGGCUCCCAGAUGGUCUGGCAAUCAGCGUGUUUUUACAUGAGUAGAAUGUGCCCUUUUAUUUAAAAUGCAUCUCUGGGUUAUUUGCGGGGCCUGCCUGGUGUUUUUACAUGAGUAGAAUGUGUGCUUUAAUUUAAAAUGGGUUAUUUGUGGGGCAUAGGAAUUUGUUCAUUCCCCCUCCCCAGAAAAUAUAGUCUGGCCCCCCACAAGGUCUGAGGGACAGUGGACUGGCCUCCUGCUGAAAAAGUUUGCUGACCCCUGGACCAGACAAAUACCUGACCCUCAAUUAAUUUCCGUUAUCCUUCCUAACCCCGAUAAAAUAAAAAACGACGGGAACAAGAAAUGCAAUUCCUUAGAUGCUGGAGCAUUAAAAAGAGUUUGAAAUCUGCUGCCCAGGAGGAGCAUUUGAGAGAGGUAGGUGGCUUUGUGGCAGCUUCCUCCUCCCUAAAUGUGUCAGCAAAUUGCCACAGGCGAUGAAUGGACGGCCGUCUCCUCUGCAAGCAACCCCGCCGGGACACUUCAGAGCGAAACCUGUGCAAAAGGAGGAAGCGGUUGGUGUGUCAAUUUCGGGUGAAAGUGAUGCAUGGGCACAGGCGAGGGGGGGAGGCGGCCUCCUGCCCUUUGCUGCUGAAACCACAAUGUUGCUUGAACGAAAAGGGGCAGAGGAAUUAGACCGGCCCUGGGUGCAGGAGGCUGCCUGCCUUCUUAUUUUUAGGUUUGAAGUUGCAGAUUCCAAGCCAACUAUAGGUAAGUGGGGGAGGGCAAAGUCAUAGCUCGGGGGUGAGGCAUCCUCUUGGCAUGCUUUGGUUAUCUCCCGCUUGGACUACUGCAAUGCGCUCUAUGUGGGGCUACCUUUGAAGAUGACCCGGAAACUACAACUAAUCCAGAAUGUGGCAGCUAGACGGGUGACUGGGAGCAUAGCUGUCAACUUUUCCCUUUUCUUGCGAGGAAUCCUAUUCAGAAUAAGGGAAUUUCCCUUUAAAAAAGGGAAACGUUGACAGCUAUGACUGGGAGCGGCCGCCGAGACCACAUAACACCGGUCUUGAAAGACCUACAUUGGCUCCCAGUAUGUUUCCGAGCAUAAUUCAAAGUGUUGAUGCUGACCUUGAAAGCCCUAAACGGCCUCGGCCCAGUAGACCUGAAGGAGCAUCUCCACCCCCAUCAUUCUGCCCGGACAUUGAGGUCCAGCUCUGAGGGCCUUCUGGCAGUUCCCUCAUUGCGAGAAGCGAGGCUACAGGGAACCAGGCAGAGGGCCUUCUCUGUGGUGGCACCUGCCCUAUGGAACGCCCUCCCACCAGAUAUCAAAGAGAACAACUACCAGACUUUUAGAAGACAUCUGAAGGCAGCCCUGUUUAGGGAAGCUUUUAAUGUUUGAUGCAUUACUGAAUUUUUAUAUUUUGUUGGAAGCCGCCCGGUGUGGCUGGGGAAGCCCAGCCAGAUGGGUGGGCUAUAAGUAAUAGAUGAUGAUGAUGGUGACGUCCUGAGUUCGAUCCUUGACAUCGCCAGGCAGGGGUGGGAACGUUCACUGUCUGAAACUGACGGCCAGUGUAGACAGAGAGACAAAUUGUUUGAUCUGUUUACAUGCUCUGCCUUGGAGGCAGAUUCGGGUUCAACCCCUGGCCUUGCCAGACAGGGCUGGGGAUGUCCCCUGCCUGAAACUGCUGCUGAUCCACUGCCAGUCCGUGAAGGCUGUACUGAUCUAGGUGGAACCAUCGGUCAGAGUCGGCAGAAUGGAGCUUCCUAUUUAGCUGGUUCCUUGUAAACCUCAAACGUUUCUGCGUAAGGCUGACAUGCAGAACCCUCGUGCCUGAGGAUUUUCUCUCUCUUUCUCUCCCAGUACUUUCUCCAGGAAAACAUGCAUUUUUAACCCUGAACCGGAGCAAACAGUAACUGCGUUUUCCACCGGCUGCCGGUUGCUCCAGUUCAGCUGUUAAAAAAACAACACCAAACGGGUUUUCCUAGGGUAAACACCAGGAAAAGAAAAGAAAAAAGGAUCAGACACAGAACUUUAAAAUGUGGAGUUGUGGCUAUUUGAACUUCUCAUUUGAGUUGUGGUUAGCUGCUAUCGGAUGGUCUCGCUGCGGAUGGUUUUGGUGGGUGGGGAGGGCGGGAGAUGUUGGAGCAAGGAACAGAAAUGUGUAAAAAUGUGCAAGGCAGUAAAAGAACCGGCUUUCCUGGAAACCCAUGUGCCUUGCAUGCUGCUCCGUCACUUGCAGAAGGUGGUAGGGAUUGCUUUUCUCCAGUGUCGCCAUAAAGAGACAGAAGAAGUUUUUACGGUCAAGGGUUAGGGUAAGAAACCCAGUAAAUAAUGUUGGUGGUGAUGCCGGGGACUUUUUGUGUUGAUUAAGUGGACCUCUGGCCACCCAGCUGUAGUUUUUUCUUGAGAGCCCGCAGGGAACACUAAAGGUUUCAGCCUAGGAAACAAUUUGAGUUUUAGAUGCGUCAGUAUGGCAUGCGGGCCAGCGCCAGGAUUUGCACUGAGUUCGGAGCUCAGCCUUUGAAGAGUCUCACCUUCCUUUUCUUUCUCUAAAAAAAAGCACUCCCUUCUGAGAUCCACAUGCCAGUGGUAGGAAAGGUGCUGUGCCAACAACAGGGGGAUAGGUCCCUGCCCCAAUGAGCUUCCAAUCUGAAAUUGCAAGCUCCUUUGGGACAAAGGGCGGGAUAGAAAUAUAAUGAUGAAACGAAGUAAAUUUGACACAAGAGGAGGCGGCAGACAGGGGAAGGAGACAGAGGCAGUGAGUAAACUAGAAGAAUAUGCACACACACACACACACACACACACACACACACCUGCAGUUACGUGUACUUAGACGUACUUGCAGUGUUUUUUUUGGGAACUCGGGGUUUGUAUUUUAAUAUUACUAAAUGACAUCCUUUUUGCAUGACCUGUAAUUGUAAGAAUGUGCAGGCUUUUGAAUGCUGCUUCAGUCAAUUCAGUCAACGUAGUUCUGGCAUUUAAUUACUUUUUAACAAAUACAUUGCAUAUGGAUUUAGCUUUUUGCAUUUGAUCUGUGCUGCGAGCCACUUCGAGUCCCAGCCUGGGAAAAAGGCAGGAUAUAAAUAAAUGGAUGGGGUUGGGGAUGCAUCACUCUGUGUCAGGAGCAGCUUUGAUGCAGCCGCAGCACAAAUUUGAUCUCUAGCGCCCCCCCCCUUCCUGUUUAUCGCCCGGACUUUAUCUCCCUGUGCGUCACACGGGUGCCAUCUGCUGGCAAGCGAAAGUUAAACCAGGAGAUGCGUUUCCCAAUUGCAACAGGUCUGACUAGGUUUUAUUUUUACAGGGACCAGCCUCCACUGAAAUAAACAUGUAUUAGAAUCCUAGAAUCCUAGAAUUGUAGAGUUGGAAGGGACCAAGAGGAUCAACUAGUGCAGGCAUAGGCAAACUCAGCCCUCCAGAUGUUUUGGGACUACAACUCCCAUCAUCCCCAGCUAACAGGACCAGUGGUCGGGGAUGAUGGGAAUUGUCCCAAAACACCUGGAGGGCUGAGUUUGCACCCAAUGUGAGGCUCAAUAUGAUGAUGAUGAUGAUGAUGAUGAUGAUGAUGAUAAUAUUUAUACCCCGCCCUCCCCAGCCAAGACCGGGCUCAGGGCAGCUAACACCAAAUAUAAAAACAAUUGAUUGAAAUACAGCUUAAAAUACAAGAUUAAAAUACAACAUUAAAACAUUAAAAUAUUAGAAUGUAGCCUCAUUUCAGUGGAAACUCAAAAACAUUUUUUGGGAUAAUGUAAAUUGACUGUUAAUUGGGAAAUGUAUUACGGUAAUUUGUGUGUUUUUAAUAUCUAGCUAUCUAUAUAUGAAUGAAAUAAUUUUUAUUUUACAAGUGUACAUUACCAAAUACAUAUCCAUAUUUAGAGAUUUCUCUGGCUCCCAUGGGUCCUGUUAUCAACCUUUUCCACUGUAUAUUAUUUCAAGUUUUACGUCUCUCCAUUUUGUCCAUAGUAGUAAUUUCUACAUUACAAGUGUUAUUGCAAUCCUGCUAAUGUUUUCAUCUGCCUGCAGUGGUCUCUCAAGUAAAUUGUAAUUUUUUCCCAUUCUUUAUUAAAGUUUUGGUCUUCUUGGUCCCUGAGCUUGCCGGCCAUUUCAGCAUAGUCCAAUGGCUUGAUUUGCCAUAUUCCUCUCUGCUAGGGACUUUGUCUUCUUUCCAUCUCUGGGCCAGUAAUAUUCGUGAACUUAUGAAUAUUUUGAUUAAGGAAUCUUUUGCCCAGCAUGGGGCUCAAACACCUGACCCUCUUUCUGCCUUGCCCACAGAUCCUAGCUGCCUCGAGGACAACCCAGGAGCUUACGGCAUGGAUAACCUGACCUCCUCCGCCAGCGGCAAGGACUCGUGCACCUACCACGAGGAGUUCAAACAGAUCCUGCUGCCCGUGGUCUACUCGGUGGUCUUCGUCCUGGGGCUGCCCUUGAACUUCAUUGUCAUCGCCCAGAUCUGGCUGUCGCGCAAGUCUCUGACGCGGACCACCAUCUACAUGCUGAACCUGGCGGUGGCUGACCUCCUCUACGUCUGCUCCCUGCCUCUCCUCAUCUACAACUACUCCCAGAAGGACUACUGGCCUUUCGGGGACUUCACCUGCCGGUUCGUGCGCUUCCAGUUCUACACCAACCUGCACGGCAGCAUCCUCUUCCUCACCUGCAUCAGUAUCCAGCGCUACCUGGGCAUCUGCCACCCGCUCUCCACCUGGCACAAGAAGAGGGGCAAAGGCUUCACCUGGAUGGUCUGUGGGGUCGUGUGGUUCCUGGUGGUCGCCCAGUGCCUGCCCACCUUUGUCUUCGCCGCCACUGGGAUCCAGAGGAACCGGACUGUCUGCUACGACCUGAGCCCGCCGGACCGCUCUGCCAGCUACUUCCCUUACGGGAUCACCUUGACGGUCACGGGCUUCCUGAUCCCCUUCGUCUCGAUCUUGGGCUGCUACUGUUGCAUGACCAAGAUCUUGUGCCAGAAGGACGAGAUGAUCGGGCUGGCCGUCCGCAAGAAGAAGGACAAGGCCAUACGGAUGAUCAUAAUCGUGGUCCUGGUCUUCGCCAUCAGCUUCUUCCCCUUCCACCUCACCAAGACGCUCUACCUGAUCAUCCGCUCCAUCCCCGAAGUGCCCUGCCUCACCCGGCAAGCCUUCGCCAUCGUCUACAAGUGCACCCGGCCGUUCGCCAGCAUGAACAGCGUCCUCGACCCCAUCCUCUUCUACUUCACCCAGCGCAAGUUUCGCGAGAGCACCCGGCACUUGCUGGAUAAAGUCAGCUCCAAGUGGAAGCACGACUCGUGAGGGAAGCGUCCGUGAUCCUGUGCCAAGGGAGGGUUGGCGACGCCCCGUCUGCGCGGCACCGGGCGCCAGAGGGAGAGCUCGGCCUAGCGCGGCUUCAGAGGCCUAACUCUGGUUGCCAUGCCAACCCUAUUGGAAGGCCUUGGGAGAAUGUCACUGUGUGAACAAUGGACCACCGGGAUGCUCUGCUCUCUUCCUUGCCUUAGGGCUGCGAGGAUUCGCUCCUGCUGGUUUGGGAGAUAUCUGCUGCCUGUGGCUGGCGCCAAUGGUCCUUCGUACCGCCAUGCACCCAGAAUUGAGUGGCGGAAGAACAGGAGAAAUGCGACUGGCAUAAAGUCAGGGACAUCGAAGCCACCUUCUCCCAAGUCACUCUGCCAGUCCACCUGGCGCAGUCGUGUCUAUCUGGACUGGCAGCAGAUCCCCAGGGUUUUUGGCUGGAGCCGUACCUGGAAAUCAUAGAAUUGCAGAACUGGAUGGGAACCCCAAAGGUCCUCUAGUCCAACCCCCUGCAAUGCAGGAAUAAACGAGAUUCCAUUGGACACUGAACUUGAGACCUUCUGCAUGCUGAGAAGAUGUUCUGCCGCUGGGCUACGUCAGCUGAAGGAGAGAGGAUCCUGAGAGAGGAUCUCUUUAGUGAGAUAUUCCAGAUGGACUGAAUUGGCUCUGGGUGACCGGGAGUGGGUGGGGGGAUCGCUUAAUUGUUUAAAGCCUUUGGGGGUCACCCAGGCCUUGUUCAAGAAACAGUAUUAUUACCUUUACACUGAGAAAGGAGUCCUAGUCUUUCAGAUCCCUUCUGAAAUCAGGGGGUUCCAAGCAUGAGCUGUGAACAGAUCCUUUGACGACAGAUCUCCAACUGGACAACGAACAUCAGCAAACAAAUGCAAACCCCCCCAAGUUGCUGCGAUGAACUGAGAAAUGGGGCGUUGUCCCGUCCGACGAGUCCUCCAUCGCCACGUUUCUCUGAAGGGACCCCGUUGGAAAACCACCAGUGUUGAUUGAUUUGUUGUCAUUUCUUUCAGAAGAUGUAAUAAAUUUCAGGCUUGGAACCUCAGCUUAUUAUAUACCAGCUCCUGUUUGAGCAACAGUUGUGUGGGAACCUCCUUGUGAGCCUUACGAGAGAGUUGCGCUGCGGAAUCGGCCUUCGGAAGAAUGCCGGCUUUCUCUUUUCCUUGCUUACCCGUAAAUCAAGCAAGUUCCUAGCCCUCAUGAAAUCCACGGUGCCUCUGAAUACCGGGUGCUGGGAACCACAAGCAGGGAGAGUGUUGCUGAGCUCAGGGCUUGCUUGUGGGCUACUCAUAAGCGUCUGGUCGGUCCCUGUGAGACCAGGCUGCUGGAGUCAACGCAGUCGGAAGCGUGGUGUAGUGGUUAGAGAGACGAUAAUAACUGGGGGGCCCUGGGUUCAAAUCCCCGCUUGGUACUGCAGGCACUUUUCCUCUCACCCCAACACACCUCACAGGGUUGUUUGUGAGGCCUCCAGGUUGAGGGGGCGGUAGGGAACUCUGCACGCUAUUCUGAGCCCUUUCAAGGAAAAGUAGGAUAAAAAUGUAGGCAUUUCCGCACGUGCAUCUUUCCAUUCCGGCACAUCAGAGCCAUCGUCGCCGUUUAAAGACAUAUUUCAGCCAAGCAAAAGGCCAGCUAGGUGCUUGACCCGAGGGAGCCGUUCUAGCAGCAGAAAGUGGUGCCUAAGGCAGAGGGCAAAUCUGAGAUUUUUCACCCCCAGCCAGUUUACUUUGCCCCAGUGCCCUGGCUCAGUUUACCUGUCUGCUCUUUUGCACGCUGGUUUCACCUGUGCCUAGGGACGCGGGUGGUGCUGUGGGUUAAACCACAGAGCCUAGGACUUGCCGAUCAGAAGGUUGGCGGUUCGAAUCCCUGCGACGGGGUGAGCUCCCGUUGCUCAGUCCCUGCUCCUGCCCACCUAGCAGUUCGAAAGCACGUCAAAGUGCAAGUAGAUAAAUAGGUACCGCUCCAGUGGGAAGGUAAACGGAAUUUCCGUGCGCUGCUCUGGUUCGCCAGAAGCGGCUUAGUCCUGCUGGCCACAUGACCCGGAAGCUGCACGCCGGCUCCCUCGGCCAAUAAAGCGAGAUGAGCGCCACAACCCCAGAGUCGGCCACGACUGGACCUAACGGUCAGGGGUCUCUUUACCUUUACUUCACCUGUGCCAGGAGGACUCCUUGCAAGAUCCAGCCGGUCUUAAGAACCGAUGUGGUUCUUUCUCCCUGGCAAACCUGCAUCUGUUUUUCAAACCCAGCAACGCCAGGAAGGGUGCCAUUCAUGGCAGCCCCAUGGUAGCCAGUGCGGUGUGGUGCUUGGAGUGUUAGACUAGGACCUGAGAGACCAGGGUUCGAAUCCAGGGAGAACCAUAUAUACCACCUUGAGCUCCUUGGGGGGAAAAGGUGGGAUAUACAGUAAGUGGAAAUAAUAAACAAACAAGCAACCCACCCACUGGAGCCAAUCUUCCCAUAUGUAUUUUUCUCUGCCCCUUGCUUUCAGCUACUAUUUCAUUCCUUGCCCAAAUGCAUGUGCAACAAAUGUUACCUGCAACAAAAUGUUGCAGCGCAUCUCUCCUACCCCCCCAGCAGGAAGUGUGGUUUUUUUUCAAUUUUUUUAUUGAUUUUCCAAAAAAAUUAAACAAACAAACAAACAUACAUCUUAAUUGUACUUAAUCCAAUCUUAGUAACAUUAUUACGUGACUUCCUCAAAGCCCCUGGGCUGAAUUUCAGUGUAUAUCAAUGUAACAGUUUUCCAAAACCAAUUUUUUCAUAAAAUUAAUUAGUCACUUAACAUCUUUCUUUCUUUUCAUUUUAACUUUAAACAUGUUAUUCUCUAACACUACAUAUUUAAAUCCUAAGCCUAUCUGGUAUUUGCAAAUGUUUCCAGUUAAGUUAUCUUAACAUAUUUAACUAAAUAGUCUUUGAAUUUCAUCCAUUCCUCCUGGUAGUCCUCCUCCUUCUGGUCGCGGAUUCUUCCGGUCAGGUCAGCUAGCACCAAAAAGUCCAUCAUCUUCAUCUGCCAUUCCUCCACUGUUGGGACUUCUUAUGUUUUCCAAUUCUUAGCUAACAAAAUUCUAGCUGCAGUAGUGGCAUACAAAAACAGUCUAACAUCUUUCUUGGGCAAUUCCAGACCUGUUAUUGCAAGAAGAAAGGCCUCUGGUUUCUUAAUAAAUGUAUAUUUCAACAUGUUUUUCCAAUUCAUUAUAAAUCUUCUCCCAGAAGUCUUUCACCUUGGGGCAGGUCCACCACAUAGGAUAAAAAGUACCUUCUUUUUCUUUACAUUUCCAACAUAAAUCAUCACUAUUAUGAGAUAUCUUUGCCAAUUUUACAAGAGUUAAGUACCACCCAGCAGAAAGUGUUGCAGCUUCCGCUAGGUAAUUCAGUCCUUCCUCCUGAGGAACUCCAGGUUGUGGGGGCACCUUUUUCAACCCAACAGCCACAAAUCCUUCUGAGCAACCUUACAGGAUCCACAUUCCAGGAAUGGGUGAAGCUGGAAGCAAAAUGGGGUGCGGGGCAAGAUAACCUAUAUGAUUUUGACCUCUUAUAUUCCAGACUUUCUUCUCCACACACACACACACACACACACACACACACACACACACACACACCAUCCAUCUCCCAGGCAAGCAAGAAUUCAUCAGAGUUGGAGGACGCAUUUGAAAAUCAGGCAGAGACAUUAAUGGGAGAAGCAAAGCAGUGAUUGGGCUGGGUGCGGCUGGGGAGGGGGUGUGUAGCCUGAGGAGAGUCCCUGGGGCCAGGUGAAGAGGGCUGGAGGGCCACAUUCAGCCCUAGGGUCUUCCAGGAGCGAGAAAGCAGCAAAUCGCACUGUGCAAGUAGGAGUUAACUCCUUAUUAGCAAGAACACAAUCUGCACAGACUGAGUGGAGUGUCAGGCCUAAUGGGGACAGCAGCGCAUCCCCGGUAGGCCUGGGUCACCCAUGGAUCAGUUGCCAAGACUGAAAGUCCCCUCCACCCCACAGCCAUCCAAGUCCUCUUGAAGCAAUCGGAGACUGCGCCUACAUGUAACCAACCUCUCCUCCGCCCUCUGCAUGCCUCUUCUAGUACUGGGAGACCCAUAGCUGUCAACUUACAGAUAUGAAAAUAAGGGACCCGCAGCCUCAAAAAUAAGGGAUCAGCAGCCAAAAUAAGGGAUUUUCCAGGCACAGGUAUGUUCAGCUUCUGAGCCCCUCUGAGCCGAAGGCAGAAAGCCCAGCCAGCAGCCAAACGAAGCCUCAAGAAAAACCACCAUCACCUCUCCGCUGGGAAGCGCUGAGCAAAGGCGAGUCCCCAGCAACGCAGCCGAUUUGAUCAGCGCAAGGCAUGCAAGCUCCACCCCCCAGUCAUUCUUAGACUUCUUAUUGGGUGAGCAACGCAGCCAAGCAACACAGUUGGAGCCUCCCUCCUCCCUGGCCGGCAGGAGGGAGGGAGAGGAGCUGCUUCCUUUGAAACCUGGGAAAUUUAAGGGACAUCAUCAAUAAGGGACAGCAGCGGGACACAGCGCUGGGAUAAGGGACUGUCCCGCCAAAUAAGGGACGCUUGACAGCUAUGGGGAGACUAGGAUGGAAGGGGAGUGUGUUGCAGCAGGAGGGAGAGACACGUAGGACUCUUCACCAGCGGGACUCAUCUGUCUCUUGGCCUGCUUCCACUUCUGUACUUCUCUGCCACAGAUUCUCCCCGCUCACAAAGCCCUGUUCCCUUUCCAUCUUCUGACCCCUCCUCCUCCCAGUCCUUUCCCUUUCUGUACCUACUGAGCUUGUUCAAGGCUCACUGGGCCCAUGGCUGGUGUGAUUUUUCAUUUCAGAAAUGCAGAUCUGGGGGGGCUGCUCUCUGCCUGUCAACGCCUCCCUCUCGCUUCUCACCCCCUGAGUUUCAGAGUAAGCGACGCCUUGCUUUGCAAACGGUCUCUGUACCCAUGUAGGUGAAUUUGAAUGCUGCAAAAUAGUACGCCUCCCUUUGCAAGAUGUUCCCAGUAUUUACUUUUUUCCUUUCAAGCUUCAGCUCUAUAAAUAACUAGCUGUCUCGCUUAAAUUUCCCCCCUCCUGUGUGUCCUUGCUGUUUGCUGUUGUGGGUUGAGGAUUUGUGAAUGCCUUUGAGAAUGUCUUUGUAAGCUCCUUGGGGCAGGGAACAGUGUUGUUUGUAUAACUUCCUAUGGUCCUCUCUAAAUAAAGAGAGUUCUCCUGCUUGCACCUCU